AUUUAACCGGUUACUGUUGUGCAUAACGCUUGGGGUCUACCACUGUAAAAGUGGCUGAGAUUGGAGAAAUACCGCUUAAGGAUUGAGAGGUGAGCAAAGUAAUUUUUUACCACCCUCCUUGUAAAACAGUGCCCUUCAUCUUUUCUAAAAAAGUUAAUCAUAAACAACAAAAAGGUAUACAAGGAAUUCUGUUUUUCUAACCGCCUAUCGACCUCUACGUGAGAUCUUUAUUGUCCAUUUUAUGAAAAAACAAAAAAAUAUCGAUUGUGAAAAAUUUCAUAGCGAAAAACUAUUACAUGCGAAUUUGUUUACAAUGUUACAAGCAGCAGCUCGCUUCAGGCUCACACUUUAACGUUAAAUUCGUGGGCUUCGAAAUUAAUAUAAACAUUGCACAUUUUGUUAAUAACGAAGGAUUAUAGUCAUAUCCCGCAAAUAUGUAUUUUUUUGUAUUUUUGCUGUUCACACGUUAACAGGAACGUGACUUUACCAUAAUCAUUAGGUAUAAAGUAAGUUCCUUAGCUCUGUCUUGUUAUACUUCCUGAUGAAGUCUGUGUGAUCAGAAGAAACCGGUCGGAGAAAUAAAACAAGUUUUCAAGCUCACUAGUAUUCAUUAAAAAAUAUUGUUUAACGGCGCCCGUGGACGUUAGAGAUGAGAUGAAAUCUACCUCUUUGUCGCGUGAGUAAAAGUUCGUAGGUCAUGUGAGAAAGCGUCGAGUGUUUGAGGAAGUUUCACUUUUUCACUUUUUAGUUUGUUACCGUAUUUUCUCGAUUUAACGCCGGGCCCCGAAUAAACGCUGGGUCUUGGAGGGGAAGUUGUAGAUACACCCCCCAGACGUUUAUUUAUGGUAUAAUAAACUAACAGUAUAGCUCGAAUAAACUGAAAAUUCAAACAAAACGCCGGUCCAAGUUUGAUUUAAACGCCGGGGGCGUUAAAUUGAGAAAAUACGGUAAUUGUGAUGUUAAGCGUUUACAAUUUUUGGAAUCGAUCAUACAUUGCUAUCUAGUGUCUAGAUACUAUAUACUUUGCAAUAUGCAGGGGCUUGUGUCACGCACGGGAGGACUCCCAUAUAAAAGUCACGGGGACGCUCGUCUUCUCGCUUUGGGCUGUAAAUUGCAGAUUUUGGUCUCACUUAGGGUGUUUGGGGUGAGAAAGUACCAUAUUUGCCCAUUCACGUAUCUUUUAGUACUAUGUAUAACGAAAUUUACAAAAAAUGCCCUGCCACUGAUCACCGAGAAAUCUCCCAUAGGGGUCAUUUUAAGCUUGAGCUACACUCACAUUGGUCUCCUUUAGGAGUUUAAUUUGAAUUUUCUGACAAGCAGCCCCGUCACUUUUAUAUGGUAGUCGCCCCACCAGGGUGCCACGGUGCCUAGUCCACACUCGCGGCAGGGCGAUUCCCUCUUAUUCUUUUUAAGUUCUCUUUUUUCCCCUUAAUUUUGUCAAUAACAAAAUUUUCAAAUCUGUUUGGUUCUCAACUGACCUUUAUCUUUUGCUUAACCUGGCUGACCUCUAAAAAAACAGACGAACACCUUGCUCUGUCCCUUUGGUGACUGUAUUUAAGAGUCAUUGUCAGAGAAAACCGGGCGGUGCCAAAAGAUUGGGGUCAGCCGAUUUCCUUUAUUUUUUCAGCAUUAAGAACCAAGCUGAUAAGAUUAACUUUGGUGACAUUAACAAGAUUUCCCGGCUUUUCACUCUCGAGAUUGACCACCCCCCUUGUUUUUGGCCAAGGAAAGCCCUAAAAACUACCAAAAACAAUGGCAAUUUCUCGGGUCUAAAACAAUUUUUCCUUAAGGAAUUAGUGCACAGAUUUUUUUCUGAAGCUAAAGUACCUUAAAAUAAACGUUUUGGAUGCAUAAAAUCAAGUUUUUAGUGCAACGGUAAUUUUGCCCAAGGGUUUUAAUCCGGGUAUGUUGCGUGACUGUAACAGGACAGCGAAUUUCGGCGAUUUUCUAAGCCCAUUUUCUUGAAAGUGCGGCGGUUUAUUUGUUAGAUAAUUCCAUUUUACAAUAGUCUAUACCCCUCUAAGUCAAAAGGAAAAAAGUAUUGAUUGGUACAAGAAACUCUUUUCAGAGGAAGCCUAUUUUCGCGAACGUGAUUUUGCGGUAUUUUGCAUAAAGCAUGUAACCUUGCUUUUUGGUAAUGGCCUUUAAAUUGUAACUUUAGACGGCUGAAAACUUCAUCACCCGUAUAAGAAAAAAAUAAUUUGGAAAGGAUACUGCAAUGAAAAGAAAUCAACCUUACUUUGGAACAGCGGAAACCGUUGCAGUCGUACACGUAUGAUACAAAUUAUAAAGCAGACAUAUUAAUUAGAAUUAAUUAUAAAGAAAUGAAUGGACGAUUUUUAAAUUGUCUGUGCGACGAAUUUUCAGUCAUAUAAAGUUUCAGGAGAAUACUUUUUACUUGGAUUUUGCAGAAAAUGUUUGUUGGCCAAAAUAUGAUAUUAAGAAAUUAAUAAACGACUUACACGUAUAAUUGUAGCUGCGUAAUUUGAGAUCGAGCAACAUCUAUAAAUUUGUAUGUCUCGCGCGCCGCUGGGUUAUCAGGUUUCAUUUACGACUCGCCGAAAUUUGCGUACUUUCGUUGUACCAGACUUGCUUUAAAAUAUGAACUGUUCGUUCGCUUCACAAGAGUCACCUUGUAGUUCUUACGGAUCUAGUACAAAUGUUCUGCCGCUGGAUGCUUGUAAAGAAGACAUAACACCACAGUUACUGGGACUUGGUGUGAGUAGCAAGCGAGGAUGGCGAUCCGAAGGAAUAGAAAUCACUGAGAAGGAGCUCAUCUUGAACAGAGCAGGACACUUCGAUUUAUCUCAAGACAGAGUAGCAGCCAUGACCAUCUGUCCUAAACACAGAAGAGACCUGACAGUCGACUGGAGAGGUCAUAAAAGUUCAACAUGUUGCUAUCCAUCGCACGAAGGUCAACGCAAGCAGGUCAAGGACCCACGCCGUGUCAAUUACGCAACGUCCAAGAAAAUCUUUGCUUUACACAAUGCUGCUGUCCCAGUUGGGUCCGGUGAGUGUCUCUUAUUACUUUAAAAUCCUUUUGUCGAUCUUACCUGGUAAAUUACGUUUCCCAUAAAUAUCACGAAAGGCUCUAGGCUCUAGGCGUAUCGAGUAUGACUAUUGUAGUGAAAGCGCUGGCAUCAAGUUGCAAAUUUUAAGGCGCCACUAUGGGCCUCUUCAUAUGAGCCCGGUUGACCGGGCUGACUCGGUUUCCGAGAUCUCGCCUCACCUCUAAAUCCUUUGUAAAAGUUUUCAAUGUGUUCAUAUGAGAGGGCGGGCUGGCUCGGUUCCCGAGAUCUCGGUAAGAGUUACCGAUGCCAAGAUAGGCCCAAAAGUUAAAAUGUUUGUGUUUCGCUAUGUUGCUUUGUUUCCCAAAUUUGGUGCCAGAACUCGUACCCAGGAUCUUUGACCUUUUCUCAUCUCGGAAACCGGGCUGAAAUUUCUCAUAUGAACCCAAGGCAAAAUUCAUCCCAGCAACCGAGCCAGCCGGUCAACCGGGCUCAUAUGAAGAGGCCCUAUAUCAACAGAAGCUCGGGGGGUGGGGUAAAUUUCCUUGGAUGUGCCAUAAAUCAAACAAGGGUGAGCCAUCCGCGGAGACCUAGGGGCAGUCAGUCGGGUCGGGAGAAAAGGCGCGAAGAAAGUUUUCAAGCACGGACUGACUGCCCCUGGGUCUCCGAGGAUGGGGUGAGCAAGCAAGAUACUUUUAUUCAGAACGGAAGCUAGCCUGCGAAGCGCAGACGUAUUUCCGGUCGUCGCUUCUCUCCCUCCGAAAAAUAACGGAGGGAGAGAAGCGACCACCGGAAAUACGUCUGCGCUUCGCAGGCUAAACAGAAGCCUUUUUUGCCACAAAAAGUCUUUUCAAGUGUUGUCGUGACAGAAGCUACAGCGUGACACGCCUACUUGAACAGGAACUAUAAACUACAACUGUAAAGGUUUUUCAGAUUAUUUUAUAACAGGAAAAUUUUUUCAAAUAAAAAUAAUCAUUCAUCUCGCGCUAUUUUCUUAAAAUGUUUUAAGUGCUCGUACUUUUCCACUUUCACUGAUGACAAGAUUGAAACUCAAUGUCUAAAUUUUAGCUGUCCCACAAACUAUGUAUAAAAUUCGAUUUUUGGGGUUUGAAUUAAGAGUGACAUUUUUAAUCUUUAUCCAUUUCAUUUGUAUUAGCUAUUUGUGUAAAGUGUCGCACAGAGCAUUACAGACUACGCCAUGAAGAAGACUCUGAAAGAGGAAGGGGCGAUCAGCAGGUUGUGUAUUUGCUUUCUUUAGUCACGCAAUUUAAGCUAGGCAUCUGAAACACUUAACAACAGGUUUAAAUAUUUAAAAACCUAUCCAAGACUGUAAAAGAAAACAAAAGAAGAACAACAGAAAAAUCGUGAAAGAAACGUGGAUGGGAAACUCGGGGAGGGAAGGAAUUUGGAACAAAAAUAUCAUUUGCUGGGAAGCUAGGAACUGAGAACGAAAAAGCGAUAGAUAGCAUUGCCAAAGUUAAUGUCUCUUUUUUCAGUUUGAAAAUAGAAGGAGUUAGAUGGACUAGCUAUCCCCACCCUAACGUUUUUUAGCGACCUGCAAGCUUGAUGCAGUCCGACCAGUACCACUCUACGACGGCCACUUUUUGAGGGGGCGUUGUAGAGAGUGUCCUUUAUGGGGGAGGGGGAAGGGUGUAAAUGUGACACAAAGAUUUUUAUUUUGGAGAAAGGGAAGAACCUUUUUACUUUCAUAAAUGCUUGCUCUAACAUAUUAUUACGUAACAAAUCUAUCAAUUAAAAAAAAACUAUUAAAACAAAAGUUAUAACAAAAUAAAGCGACUAAGGUAUAGUGAGUACAUCAGUUUUGUAUAGAUCGCUUUCAGUUGAAACUUCUAUUUGUGUAGAUAUCAUGACUAGUAAACUACAAUAAAAGAGACACGGCAAAUCGACGUUUGCUGUUUGCCGUGAUUCUAAAUCUCUCUAAUGUAAGGACGAGGGGUAGGCUCUAGUACCGGGAAAGGUUUGAAUGCAAUAGAGAGAAGUCGUUACGUCACGUCACGUUGCCAUGGUCGCAAAAUUUUUGGAUGACAACAAAUCGAAAAUUCGGUUUCAGGUUUUAGUCUGUUUGCAACUUUUAGUGGUUUUUACUCGUUAAGGAGUCCUGUAAUUCCCUUUUCUGUGGCUCCAUUCUCGGUAACAGCGUAACAGAAAAAUUAUGGAAAUGUAAUUAAUAUCCCUUUUAUUGCACUGACAGUCUCAAGUGGCUGGUGAUGAAGAUGUAUUUGAACUGCCGCAGCAGAAUGAAGAUCAGGGGUUUCUGGUAACGUCUAAUGCAGAACAAGAGAUGGUUUCAUCAUCAUCACAAUCAUCCCAACAAAGUAUCCCAGAAGAAGAAAUCAGUAUCUGGUCCGACGAAGUAGAGGAACAGCAACAGAGAAGGCAGCUACUGAACAAUACCAUUAGCACUUUAUCUGGAGGAAGAAUUUCGCCUAUUCAGUCAACUUUGAAUACGUCUUGGGAUGAUAUAUCGACAACACAGCAAAAGUACUAUCUGCGAAAGGCCAAAGAAAGCAUCUGCACAGCACUUUCGGUCCUUAGCCCUGGACAGGAAGAGGAAUUAUGGACCACUCUUUGACAGGAAAGAUUAGUAAAUAAGGAUUCUGCUGGUGCCACUAGACGUAGAAGUUUUGAUCCGAAAUCUGGGCUAAUCGACGUUCUGAUCAAGUCAUAUAACCAUGCCGAGUCGUGGCAAACAAAACGACAGAUACUCUCUCUCUUUGCCAAUGAUUUUAGCAGGUCCCAGUUGAUGAGCAUGAUACCAACACUUUCAAAAUGGCGAAUAGAUGAAGCUCGACAGCAUGCUACCAAAGUUGGUGAAGGUCUGCCUGUUCCGCAAGAGCCAAUUUUCCGUUCCCGAAUCUCACCCGUUCAAAUUGAUCAUUUUAUCGAUUACAUCGCGAGACCUGAGAUGCUGCAGGACGUAGCAUUUGGCACAAAAGUGCUUAAGCUCGAUACGGGAGGAAGCAUUAUCAUUCCGGCAGUUAUAAGGACUAUGAUACCGUCAAGAAUAAUUGAGCAAUACUCAGUUUACUGCAAAGAGCAGAAUUUUGAACCAGCAGGACAGCGUUCACUCUACAGAAUAAUAGAGGUGUGUGGUGCCUCAAUGCAAAAAUCUUUGCAGGGACUCGACAACACUACAGCAGAAGGGACGGAGGCCAUAGACAAUGUCACUGACGUGCUUAAGACGCUUGGAGACUAUGGAUCGGAGGCUACCUGGGUAAAGGAUGCAGAACAAAAAAUCAAGGAGGCAAAGAGAUACCUUAAGACUGAGUUUAAGUCCCAUGUUGGCAGAGAGGAAACUUGUGCUGAUCACUGCACUGCAUAUGCCCUAGGUGACACAAGUGACUCCAACCUGCAAAGCAUAUGUCAGCACGAACAUGAAACUGACUGCGAGCAAUGCGAAUCAUUAGAGACAGUUUUGAAGGAAAUUGAAUCCGAGAUCAACCGUGUUGAGAUGCCGGAGGAGCACAGAUGGCGGUUAAGCCACGACUACAAACUCUGUUUGGCAUCUAUCCAGGAGUGGAAGGCGCAUUUGCUCCGAACAGUAAAUCAAGAAGAAGGAAAGCAAUUUGCUCUUGUACAUGUUGAUUCAGCUGCAUGUUUAAUCGUUAUGGAUUGGGCCAUGAAAUACCUCCCACAACGUUAUCGGGAACGAAUGAGUGAUUUCUUCGGAAAACGAGGACGAAGCUGGCAUGUGAGGUCUGUGAUCACUAAGCAUACUGAAAAAUUCCAAGUGGAAUGUUUUGUCCAUCUGUUCGAUAACUGCACGCAGAACAGCUUUGCUGUAGCCUCUAUAAUAGAGCAUCUUUUAAAUACCAUCAAGAAAGAAUCACCGGAGAUUGAAAAUGUUUUCCUGAGAUCCGAUAACGCAGGUUGCUACCAUAGUGAACCUCUUUUGCUCAGUCUUCCGUUCAUUGGUCAACGAACCAGCAUGACAAUUCUGCGUUACGCCUUUUCAGAGCCACAGUCCGGAAAAGACAUCUGUGACCGAAAGACCGCUCCUAUGAAGGCACACCUACGACGAUGGGUCAAUGAAAAACACAAUGUCAUCACUGCGGAAGACAUGAAGACAGCACUAGAGUCGCAUGGAGGAGUAAAAGGAGUCAGGGCGGCAGUUGUCAAAGUGGACACUAAUAAAGAAAUCACCGCCAACAAGAUACCAGGUAUCAGCCUUCUUAACAACUUUUCGUUUGAGGAAAACGGAAUACGCGCUUGGCGUGCAUUCAACGUUGGACCCGGCAGAUUCUUAUCAUACAGUCAGCUUGAAGUUGUACCACAGGAAGAAACUGGAUUGAAAGUCCUAAAGGAGUGGGGUCCACGUAGCAACAAUCUUGGCUCAGUUAGCCAUGCUUCCAGUCCACGAGGAGAAAUAUUCUCAUGCAGUGAAAGUACAUGCGUGCUAACGUUCAAGACUCGAGAAGAAGCGGAAGCUCACGUGGACGCAGGGAAGCAUGUACGUGCGUCAGAUCUAGAUUGUGAGUCUGUGUACGAUGCGGCACGAAAGAAGUGGGCUGACCGAGUCGGAGAGAUGCAUGUGGCUAGUGGAGAUAGACAGCGAAUUGCAUUUGAAGAAGCCGGGCCUUCCAGUGCUAGAGAACGCCGUAAUAAAGGGUGGGCGCUUAAAUCAACUAAGCGGACCAACAGGAUGGAAGAGAAAGUAAAAGCCUUUCUUGUUCAGAAAUUUAACCAAGGAGUAGCGGGAGGGCAAAAGGCUGAUCCAAUUCACGUGGCUAGAGAGAUGAAGAGUAUUAGAGAUAGCAGUGGAACGUUACAAUUUAAACCAGACGAAUGGAGAACCGCUCAACAAAUUAGUAACUUUUUCGCAAGGAUGUCAGCGUUGCAGCGCCAAAGACAAGCUGAUGAAAUAGAGAGCCAGGAGGAGGAACAAGAAGUAACAGACGAAGACCUCAUAGCCCUUGAAUAUGAAGACUACAUUCAAGCCAUACGCCAGGAGGUUUACAGAGACAUUGAACAAAAUAUCAGUCACCCUAUUAAAGUAGAAGCAGUAAACGUUUGUGAACUUUCGCGUGCUGGAAAGCUCAGUUCGCUGAAGUUAGCACAGUUGAGAGAAGUAUGCAGAGCAUUAAGUCUGCGAACAAAUGGUAGCAACUCAAGAAAACGUACUUUUACUGAACCACUUGAUGCCUACGCUAAGUUGUGCUCAUGCCGGAAAUAACUGAAUUUUGCACUACGUAUUCUUCUCUCGCAUUUUAUAAAAUACAUUGUUGGGCUUUGUCAGUAGUGAUCGAUGUAACAAAUAUCCUGCGAGCAGAGGCUACAUUUUCGCUGUGGGAGCUGUCGUGCGAAAAGUAGCCUCUGCCGACAACCGUUCAAUUUUCUAUCGUGCAUGCGCGAAAUUCGUCACGCCAUUCGCAAGCAAAAUUAAUUGUCACGUCUGUCGUCAAAUGGCGCGAGUUUCGUGGGAAUAAAAAUAAUUGCGACAACUCUGAUCUGCUAAGCAAGACUCACGCAAUGCUCGAAACCGGUCAAGAAAAGGAAAAAACCCGUUUUUUAAAAUUUAUUCGUCCAGAUUUCUGGACGGAUUUGAACGGUUGUCGGUAGAGACUACUUUUCGCACGACAGGUCACACAGACAAAAUGUAGCAUCUCCUCGCAGGGUAUGUAACAAACUUUGCAUACAAAGCGAAAACUUUGAGAAUUUCUGUUGGAUGAUGUGAUACAAAAGUCGUGAUGAUUUUAUCACUAGAUAGGACAGCACAUACAUCGUCCUGUUGGCUUACUCGCAUAGGCCAGACAAUAAUCAUCGAAGUACCAAGUAAUUGAGACCUUUGCGUGCAUUAUGGCAGUCUUGUAUAACCCUUACGUUAAAGCAAUAGUAUUUUAUAGUUAUUUUCCCUUUAUUAAAACCUAAGUGGAAUAUAAAAUACUCAUUUAAAAUGGAUUAGUACCUUUAUAAUGCAGUAUUGCCGCUAUUUAAAACAGAACAGUUAGCCGUAAGAGCGAUCUUUGACAUUUUCCAACAAAAUUCGCGUGAAAAGAGUUUCUUGUGCCGAUCAAUAAACUUUUGUUUUUGAUUUAGGAGGGUAUAGACUGUUAAAAUCUGUAAUUAAAUAAAAAAUAAACCGCCGCACUUUCAAGAAAAUGGGCCUAGAAAAUCGCCGAAAUUGGCUGUCCUGUUACAGUCACGCAACAUACCCGGAUUAAAACCCUUGGGCAAAAUUACCGUCACACUAAAAACUUGAUUUUAUGCAUCCAAAACGUUUAUUUUAAGGUACUUUAGCUUCAGAAAAAAAUCUGUGCACUAAUUCCUUAAGGAAAAAUUGUUUUAGACCCGAGAAAUUGCCAUUGUUUUUGGUGGUUUUUAGGGCUUCCCUUAGCCAAAAACAAGGGGGGUGGUCAAUCUCGAGAGUGAAAAGCCGGGAAAUCUUGUUAAUGUCACCAAAGUUAAUCUUAUCAGCUUGGUUCUUAAUGCUGAAAAAAUAAAGGAAAUCGGCUGACCCCAAUCUUUUGGCACCGCCCGGUUUUCUCUGACAAUGGCUCUUAAAAUGUUAAACUGUCAUUGCUCGGUGAGGGAGGGUAGACUGCUUGACUGCUAGCCUCCCACGCAAAGGUUUUCCCACGCAGAAGUUCUUAGUGGUUCGUCACGCGUUCCUUCUCCACGUUGGAGAGGAUUGCGUGACGAGCCAAAAGAACGUAUGCGUGGUUUAGCAAGACUGUAAGCAGCCCCUCUGGAUUUUUGCGUGGGUGAGCACGUUAUUUUCAAGCGAACAACGUUUUGCGCGUUUGCCUCGCUUGCGAGCACGUAAGAAGCUCGCCCGUGCGACAAUACCAAGGAAUUGUUUGGAGUUUACUGGGAAAUUAGGAUCUCUUCUAACAGUACUCUUACCUCCCUGUUCUUGCUUAACAGAAUAUAGUGAGACCUCUAUUCAGGGGACACCCUCGGGUUCAAGAGAAGUAUCCCCUGAAUAGAAAUGUCAUCUGAAUGGAGAUGUCCCUGGAGGUUCCACUGUAUUUGUAGCCCUAAAGGUGAUGUUUCACGGAACGAUUCGCAACGACGAUUUUUAGCGCAACAGAGCGUUGCAAUAUUGGAACAAUGUUGCAACCAUUCGAAACAACAUCGCAACAAUGAAGCAGCGCUAUGUUGCGCUAAAAAUCGUCGUUGCAAAUCGCCUCGUAUAACAUCACCUUAAGAGAAACAAAGGCUUUGUUCACACUAUUCCGUACAGCUUUUUCGCUGCGACGAAAAUCAUACUGGAUUGGGCUUCUGUUGAAAAACAAGAACGGUCGACUGAGUGGAGUGUCACAUAUCGGAUGAUUUUGUGCCAUACUUUGGCGCAGUGUAAUAUUCGGCACGUCGCGAAAGUAAAUGAGUAGGAGAGAGGCCUGGAACUCACUGAGAAGGGAGUAAAUUUUUGGAGCGAGGAUUGGAAUUUAGUACACCAAUCCCUCUCGGCCAACCGGGCUGGCAGGAUUUUCAAUGUGUGUGAACGACUUGUGCCGCCUCGGGCUAUUGCUAUUUACACUAUACCGAAUGGCUGGUUUUCAGUGUCACGACAUUCAAAAUAGAUCAUGAAAUAAAAAUCAAAACCGUUCAAUAGAUAAAGUCAGGAAUCUGGGAAAUGCCGGAAAGGAGGUAAAUAUACCAAGUUGCUUGCCAAGAUUCAGGUCAGAGGAAUAUUCCGUAUACGAGAUAUCCGAAGAAAGGUUUUACCCAAAUUUAUAGAGAUUUGUAUGGACAUGCCAUGCUGCUGCCCAACUGGAUGGGCACCAACAUGGCGGACGGAAACCAACAUAAACAUCUGUUACCGAGUUUUGGUACAAAAGCAUGAAUUUAAUCCUUGAGGAACUCAUAAACAUUAAAGCAAUACUUUUCCUAAUCCUUGAACUGUUUAGAUAGCAAAAUUCUUCUAGAUACGUCACUUCUUUAACCUACGUGACAGCUCUCUCUUCAUGUAAAUGCCACGUCACGCAAAAGCGUAAAAAUUCAAGCGUUCUCUAUCAGAAAAGCAAGUACCCUUUUAAAGCGAAAAUUUGUAUGAAAAUUAGUUUCAGCUGCUCUAAUACAUCAGAAAAGUAAAAUCUUAGUAGGAUCGAUAGUUUUGUGUUUUGAAUUUUAGUGACGUCAUCUGAAAACCAACAAUAGCUUUUUGUGUCGGCACGAAACGUUCCCCGCAUCGUGUGAACAUUGCUUAAGUCCCUCCUUACGAUCAUUUUGUGUUACUUUUUUCACAUGCUCAGGGUAAUAAAGAACAACUACAGAUUUAUAAUGGUUGACGUUGUGAAAGAACGAGAGAUCUGGUCAUCGAAGAUUGAUUUCCUUCUUGCAUUAAUGGGUUAUUGUAUCGGCUUGGGUAACAUAUGGAGAUUUCCAUACCUUUGUUUCAAAAAUGGUGGAGGUAGGUAGGUUCUUUAUUUAGCAAUUUUUGCAAUUAGAAUGCCAUAUUGUUCCCUGGGUAGAAGAAGCAUUUUAGGCGUGCGGUGGGAUGUGUCGGCCAAAGGCGGAAGCUACGAGGGGCACAGUCAUGGUAAAGACUUCAUAUAAAAUUGCAAUUCUAAGGCCAUGUUUCAUUAUUUACCUUCCACCCCAGACCAUGUUCACGCUAUACCGAAUUGCUUUCACUUCUGGACUAGUCAAUCUUGUUCUCCCUCAUCAAACUUGUUUUUUGAGUGUGACCAUCCAUUUAUCCAUACAUAGAUGGCCAUAACUGAGCUAGCGUGUGUACAAACGCCGUCUCCCCUAAAAAAAUUGAUUUGUUCUAACUGGGGGAGGGAGGGGCGUCUGUAAACAGGCUAAACUAAGCCCUCUCUACCAAGUGCAUGGCUAUUAGGCCUGGGUUAGAAUCUAUACCCUAGCAAUGCAGUGGCCAGUCCAGACCUUUAGAUAAGGAGGGGGGGAGGGGGGAGGGCGGUCUCAAAAAAUUUUGUUUUGCUCCCUUCGGGCCUCUGUUUGGUUUAAAGAUAGGGGAAGGGGAGCGGGCUCCCCGGGCCUCUCCCCAGGAUCCGCCACUGCAACGUGUCAUUCACACGAAAUGAGGACUCAUUUUAAAACUCGAUUAAACUUAAAGAACUAAUUCUGAAAUGGUUUCAAAUUAUUAGGUAGUUUUCUCAUUCCUUACUUGAUCUGCCUUAUCGUGACUGCACUACCAGUGACAGUAUUGGAGGUUGGCUUGGGGCAGUUUACGAGUCAAGGAGCAAUCACUGCCUGGAACAUCUGUCCACUUUUGCAAGGUAACCGAAAUCCUAAUGCAUUGAAUAUAGUAGUCACAUGACAUCAGACUUGGGGCAACGGUGAUGCAGUGGUGAAAGCACAGUUAUCUCGCGGCGAAAAAAGGAACAAAAACUCAUAUGCUCCACUACUGUAACUCAAGACAAGAAGAUACUCUUGUUUUUUGGCCAUCUUAGCUUAAGAAGAAACAAAAAGCAAACUGGUGUGAAUAACAACAAAAAUUUAAAUGUAGAAUAAGUAACUAAACAACAUAUUUCGAUAAAAAAUACUACGCUAAAAUGUUUCUAAUAUUAAAAAGAAAUUAAAACGACAAUGUUCAACGGUCAACUAACGUUAUUAUCAAGUCAUAUUUAAUUAUAGGAAAAUUUGCAAAUAAUUAAAGCAUGCAAACUAUAAAAGGUGAAGUUUUUCACAGCUGACAUUUUAAUUCAGAGAAUGUUCUAAAUCCAUAAUUAGCAGAGUUUCCUUUAUCUUGCAAUGGGUGUGCUACUCUCCUCUUGCCAAAAUUUCGAAAUGGUCCCUUUGAUGUUGUGACCUGUUGACGUGAUAUGAAAAAUAAUGACGUAACCGCCACUACGAACAACGCGGGACGGAAAACUCACCUGCGAAUGAUCAUGCGCAGUCUAACUCGAUCCAGGCCCCGACUUACGUCCGGAACUGAGCCUUAAUCCGUAGUCGUCCCAUCUAAAAUUCAUUAGUUCCAAGCUAUUUUUUAAAUCAAUUUUUACAAGAUUUCCGAACUUUCAUAAAAACUACACUACAAAGCCAUCAUGGCGUAUGAGGCAAUCCCUACCAAAGGUUAAACUUAAUUAUGUGAGAACGACCUUUAUUUUUAGUGACGCGAAAAUUUUCAUUGAACUCCCGUUAAACAUAGCAAACGCUGAGAGCAUUUAGACUUUCUACCGCCGAGCAAGGAAUUAAUUCUUAUGGUAACUUUAAAUGACAUUUCCUUGAAAUUAUAUAACAUUUAAGGCUCAUUGUAUUUCAGGCUUUUAUAAAAUCUAAUUUGAAAUUCUUAAUGUAAAGUAGUUUUAAAGACAUAGGGACUGAUAUCAGCCUUUAAGCUGAAUGGGCCACCUUGUUGAAAUAUAUUUUACGCAAUAAACCUCUUUGAGGUUGCGCGGGACACCGGCUCGAGUUGGUUUCAAAGUGCAUUGUGGGACUGUUUUUGGGGACGCAUUUUCAACAUGGCGCAAAUUCGUCCCUUAAAACAGUCCCACAAUGCACUUUAACAACCACUCGACCCGGUCUCCCGCAACCUCAAAGUGGCUAAUCUGAUAAGUGCGUUUGCGCUUUCUUUGUUCUUUCACUAGGUAUCGGCUAUGCAAGUAUUCUUGUAGUGACCUGGAUCAUUAUGUACUACCUUGUGGUUCUUGCGUGGUCGUUGUUUUACCUGUUUGCCUCGUUCCAAUCGACACUUCCUUGGUCGCACUGCAAUAACGAAUGGAAUACGCCAAACUGUGUUGAUCACAAUAGUGGACACAACCAAGACGGAGAGCAUAAUAACACAUUUCAAAAUGUUACCUCUCUCCUUAACUUAACGGUAGCAAAUGUACCCAAGCAAGUGCCGGCAAUCCAGGAAUACUGGGAGUAGGUGUCUGUUUUUUUAAAAGCUAUCGGAAUUGAAUUUAGGAGAACAUAAAAGGGGCGAUGCUAGCCUAAGAGCCAUCACAAUACUAUGGCAAAGUAAAUAUCGAAGAAUUACUGUUACUUAACACCCGCAUUUUCACAAGUUAACUUAAUCAGGUUCUUAGAUAAAUAAAUGGUAAUAAGCUCACAUUUAGGUUAUUUAGGUUCUUGAUUAGGUUCUUAUUUUCUGGAGGAAAAAAUACAUAACAUUAACUCGGCGAAUGGUACGCCAAGAUCAACAAAAAUUGGAAAUUGUGUGAAAACGAGGCUUCUUAGUCGUUGAACUAAGCAAGAUAUCGGGCAAAGAAAGCAGAAAUAUAAAUGUGGGCAAAUUUAACCCUACUUCGCAGACCAGGUUAUCAAAACUGACCACAAAUGUUAUGGAGAGGCAAACAGAAUACACCGAACUGAAAAACGACCUGAUCGACCUGCUGUUAAGCCCAUUAAAUUUUUCACCAACAAGCAACAUGUUAUAUGUUAGAUCGGGUUGAAACGAGUUAAGCCCGCUCACUCAGAUUCAACAUAAUCCAACAACACUGGACAAAACGUUUUAGGAAAUCAUUGGAAGUGACCUCAGUCUAGUACAUUUUUCCGGACCACGCUUUGUCGUUUGAAACUGAUUUCUUUUUACAAUUUGCACAAAAUAUUUCUGUCUUAAUCAGUUACAGGGUGUUACGUCUUUCUAAUGGUCUGAACGAACCAGGACCAGUGAACUGGGACCUGGCCUUGUGCCUGUUGUUGGCGUGGAUUAUCUGUUACCUCUGUGUCAGUAGAGGGAUUAAGACAAGUGGCAAGGUUAGUAAACACUUGUUUUGUGUUAGGCCAAGUUCAUACGACGAGCUUCUGCCAAUUUUAUUUGAGAAGAAAAGUGUGACGUCACAAAACUUGAAAUUUGCGAAAUUAUGGGAUUGAUCGCAUAUUCAGAGACAACAAGAUGGAUCAAGCUCCCUUGCCAAAAAUCAGCCUGUUAGUGCAAAUUGGUGAAGAGAUAUAAGCACCUGUUUGCUCGACGGUUUUCUCUGGCUUCGAUCGUAACGUUAAACGACCCAGGCUUAUUUCAGACGGAUUCAUCGGAAACAUUCGAGCAUAACAAUAGUUAUAUCUGCCCACCAAUUGCACUACACUAACAGGCUGAUUUUUGGCAAAGGGCCUUUAUUCAUCUUGUUCUAUACGGUAUUUAUUGGAUUAACCCCCUGGGCGCUUAUUAAUUUUUGGACCUUGAGAGUGGGCGCUUAUUCGAGGCUGGGCGCUUAUCAAAUAUUCACCAUUUUCAGCAAGUGUAGUAUGCCAUAAAUAGUAAUAACAAAACGCGAAAAGAUGUUACAAAGAAAGGUUUCUGUAAAAUACUCUGAAAAAAACUCCGUCUUCGGGGAAGUCUCUUAUUAGUAGUUAUUCAAUUUCAAUUUCAAUCUCACUGUCACUCAAGUCAAUAAAUGAAUUAUCUGGUGCUGCCUCCUCGAUGCCUGAGAUUGGAAGAAAAGCACACUGGAAGAAAAGUUAGAGCACCAUGCAACAAGGUGGUCUGUACUUCCCCAGAAAAUUUUAAAAUUUACGGUGUCGGUAAUGCCAUUUCGGAACUAAAUACGAAGGAAAAUGCUGUGAGGGGGCAAGGAAGGGCACAUUUGUUCGUUUUGAAUAUUUUCCAGCUUACAAUCUCAUUAAAUUAAUAUGUUAUUAAAGCUGUUACCUCCCCUCUCUUUCACCGUAUUGAAAUCAUUAGGAUUAAGACUUGGAAUUAUGAUCUUUUUACGAAUCUGCUCACUUGACUUAUUUUUCAGGUUGUCUACUUUACAGCCACUGCUCCGUAUAUUUUAAUAACGGUUCUUUUGAUCCGAGCCGUUUUUUUGCCAGGAGCAGGGGAAGGAAUCAAGUUUUAUCUCAAGCCUGAUUGGUCAAGACUUAAAGAUGGCCAGGUGAUUUUACGCUAAGCUCAUUACAACUUGCUUACAAGAGGUUUUAACAGUGUGAACUUUUAAAACUGUGUGCCACCAAAACUAAGUCGCUUACGAGAGAUGGUCGUUUACAAGAGGUUCCAACUGACAUAGUAAUUUACCCCGGAAAAUUUCGGUGUUUUUCAUUUUCUCUUAUGGGUGGUGGUCGCAUAUUAAGGUUCCAGUUUAUAACAUUUGUGCCUGUAGAUAAUUUAAGAAAACAGAAGACAAAAUUUCCAUAUUAAAUCGUUUCAUCGACAAAGUUGGUAAAGUCCAUUGACUAAAGUAAAAAGAUUGAAAGCCUGACGUUUUGAUCAUUAGCUUUUUGCCAGCGCAAAUCUAAAGGUUGCCUGAGGCAAAGGUUACAAUCAUCUCUUUCAGGGAAAUCUAUGGGAAAAAAAGAAAAUGCCAAUGAAGGUGUUCGACUUAUUGAGAGUCAAGGACAUUCAUUGGAGAACGUUUGGGACCAACUCUAGGUGUCUACUUAAGGGAUGUGUUCGAUUCGUUAUGGAAGGGUUGGCUGUAGAACCAUCAACUUCAUCAUCAUCUGUCUAACAUAAUCACGGCGAAAUAAAAAGCAGAUCUAUCAAAAAUAGAUUUUGGUAUAUUACCGGAGCACAAAAAUUAAUUAUUUGUAAUAUUUGGUCAUCUAUGCAUCCAAUAAAUUUUGGUUGUGACAAAAUCAUUCGCACGGCCGUCCGUCUUUACGCACGUCCUCCUUUCAUGCUAGCAGAGUCCAAGGCAUAGACAAUGUGUGUUUAACUUGUUAUGGUCAACGUACAUGUCAUGGUCAAUUGACAGCUGUGAAAAAACGGUAUCUGCUUACCAGUGUCACAUGACUGUGUCGCAGACUCGGGUGUACAACGCACAGAGGUUACGUGUUUAUUUUAUGUUCUCUGCUAACCAGUUAUUAAAUUUCAAUUGAUCGCAGGCUCAGGUCCAUUUUUUUGUUCAUGAUGAAUUAGUUUGCUUUUUGCUUAUGGCUAAAGUUGAAUAAAAUAAAGACAUUUCUUAAAAGAUCCCAUGAGAGCUUCGCUUCUGGCUUUGGCUAAAUCUAUAUGUUAUCAACGCCUUUCUUUUCUCCCAGCAAUGUGUGCCCGCCACAGACCUAGCAAUUGUAGAUUUGUUAAACUCCCAUUACUCAGAUAAAAGUCAUUUUUGCUUUAAAGGUUUGGUUGGACGCUGGUACACAAGUUUUUUACUCAUAUUCCAUUGGAUUGGGCGGCUUGAUUGCACUCGGAAGCUACAACAAGUACCACAACAAUUUUUACAGGUACAAACUUACAAGCAAACAAACAAAUGUGACUCCAAAAAUUCACCUUUACCAGGUGCUGAAAUAUACCCGACUGGGUUACAUUUUAGUAGUCCACGUUUCGCUUGUAAUAUCCCCCUGCUUUCCCCCGAGCGUAUGCUUGUUUCAUGUUUGACUUGCUACGUAUACGGCAAGAUAUCAUCAACUGACGUGAUGCAACUUACUUUGACUCUGAAGAUGACUACCGCACAGGUUGUUGAAACGUCAGUCACUGUCAACAUUCAACAGUCCUAUUCAGGACUACGCUCACCCGGACGAUCAUACUCAAGUCAAUUGUAAGGACGAAAUAGCUAAAAUUAGGUUCCAAUUCUUGGCGGUCUUGGGAAACUCUUUUUAGACUUUGAAAAAAGGUUGCAAACACAAUUUCAGUAUUUCGGUGACGACAAGCGGUGGGGCUAUGGAAACAUUGACAUGAAAGCCCAACAAUUCUCAACGUCAAAACAAACAGACAAAUUAAAACAAUAAAAACGGAAGCAGUGUUCAUAAGGUGUUGAGGUAAGCGAUCAGCUGAGAAUUUGUAUAUUUUUGUUGAAUGAUUGUUUUCUUGCCUUUCAGGGACUGCAUAUGGAACGCAUUCUGCAACAGCGGAACUAGUUUUUAUGGCGGAUUUCUGAUUUUCUCUAUUUUGGGUUUUAUGGCGAAACAUCAAGGUGUUGAGGUCAAGGAUGUAGUUCAGGCAGGUUCGUUUGCUCACGACCUAAAAAAAAUGGCUUGAGCUGCCAUGGUUGAAUUUAUAAACGCAAAGAUAUAUAAUAUCCCCGAAAAGGAGCGAGGUUGUUUCCACCUACGCUGUACGUUUGUUAGCGCUCAGUAGGCUGAAAAGUCUUCGUAUUAUUCUAGGCGCACAUUUAUUUGAUGGACAGAGGUCACUAAACAUGCAUAUGAUCGACUUAACGUCAGCAUUUUCCAGUUUCAUUCAUCCCAAUUUUGAAAACAAAAAAUGAACAUAAAAUCUGCAGAAGCCAUAGAAUGAAGGGCUUUCAACCUAAAACGUACAAGAGCGCUCUUUAAAGCGUUAACUCGAGCUUGCUUGGAGAUUAGAUAAGAAAUGAGGAGGCGUUUAAUCGUAUACGAAACAGGAUUUCCUCCCUAAAAGUUUUUCACGUCCUAUUUUAUCGACGGUCGAUUGGUCUUCAAGAUAUUUACUUUUCAUAUCGUAUUCGACAAUUUGUUCCUGACUUGAUUGAGUACACGUGUAUGAAAACACGAAAACCAAGGGCCUCGAUUCUAGAGAAAUUACGUCAUUGGCAAAGAGCAAAUACGUGAUGAAUAUGGCGCGUCAUAUAAAUCAUCGCCUAAAAUACAUCGCAUGCUCAUCACAAGACUUACAACGAAAGUUUACCUUACCCGACCAGUUUGCCUCCCUAUCGAAAUUUUGCUUUCUUUUUUUUCAACCCCUGAAGUAUUCACUUGUUCCAAAGUAAGCAACGCUUUCAAAUCGGACAGAAAUCAUGGGCCGACCCGUUCCGGAAAAGCUCGACAUCUUUCGAAUUAAUCUUUCCAAAGCUUUCUUAACAAGACAUGAAUGACGCUAACGAAAUUUUAUACGUUCUCAAUCACGACGCGAUUCUUAUCCCCAGCUUCCACGGUCUCCGCUAGGAACGCCUAGGACCAUGAAUCCCCUUUUAGCGCACACAGACGAAAAAAAAAAAAAGAAACGCUUGCCUUUUUAGAGUGCUCGCUGCUAAAGCAAGCUCGACUAACAAGAAGCCUAUGACCGGCCGGUCAGUCAAGGCUUGUUUGUAUAACGAAAUGUGAAGUUUUUUUUAACUGAUGAAAAGCCAAAAGCAAGUUGUUGGAAGAGACAGCUGCUCACCUGGUACAAAAUAAGUAACAAACCAUUACCAAUUUGGAGUUGCGUAAAGUUUUCCAGUUUUUUUGAUUGCACGUCCCAGGUAGCACUUUUCUCUCCUCGAACAAUUUUAUAUUUCUCUUUACAGGACCUGGUCUUGUUUUCCUAGCUUAUCCUGAAGCAGUUGCCCAGAUGCCGGUGGCCCCUCUGUGGUCCGUGUUGUUUUUCUUCAUGUUGCUUUUGCUUGGUCUGGACAGUGCGGUAAGGUGAAAAAAAAAAAGCCAUUUAGACUUAAAUACAACUUGUCAUAACUCAGUUAUUUACGUCUUUUUGUUCUGGUUCCCGGGUGUUGUUUCCACCACCACAAGUAAAACAAAAAGUAGGAUCACUGUGUCCCUGUACUUGGAGAAAUUAGUUAAUCUUUAAUGACGCAUCCGAAAGUAUAAAAAUGCGGAGAAACGUUUUACCUUUAGAGUCAGGAGACCAAAUCUUCUUAUGUUAAAAUUGAUAUGAAUUUACUUCAAUGUCAAUGUCAGUAUUUAUUUUUUGUUAUUCUAAAGUUUGAAGUAGUUUGUUAAGUGUUGACGUUGCCUACAAAAGCCUGAACUAAAGGGCCUUAAAGAUUAAGUUUGCAUACAUAAAAAGUCUCUGUUUUGCUUCUGUACAGUUUGUGGGUAUCGAAAGCGUUAUAACUUCUAUCGUCGAUUUAUUCCCGCAACAUCUGAGACGAGGAUACCGCAAAGAAUUGUUUACAGCUCUGAUGUGUAGUCUGUGGUUCCUUUGUGGAUUGUCCAUGGUUACUAAGGUAAAGCUUUAUUGACGGAGCUUGGGGAGAGGCCUGGGAGGUCUGCUUCUCCUUAUUUGAAGGCCAAACUGAGGCCCAAAGGGUUGUGAAAAUGUUUUUCGAGGAAAGAUCUGAUUCUAGCGCUGAAGUUCUGUAAAUAGCUCAGUGAGCGUGCUUUUUAUAAACUAAAUCCAAACCCGAAUGUUAUAACAUAAGUUAUUUCAUAACUAAAAGGGCCUGUUUAAAUGAGUAACCUCUUCAAGUGUUGAUUAGCACGUACAUUCCUUGUAGAAAUUUAGUUUUUCAGCUGCAUCGCACACGACAAAGAAAGUCUGGGAUGCAAGACUGAAAUAUUCAGGAAUAAUUAACCGUGUUACCUGCUUUAAACAUUCAGUUAUCGUUUUUAAAUCGUUUAGAAAACGAGAAGCGUCAACUUUUAAUGAGGAAAAAGUGUAAAAUGUAAAUGUAAGAUUUGCGUUUACGCGCCAGUUGGCGGUACAUUGUGAUAAGUCCUUGCCUUUGAUUGUAAACUAGAAGUAUCGAUGACACAACAUUAACGUUAUUUUUUAGGGUGGUAUGUACGUGUUUCAGUUGUUUGACGCAUAUUGUGGUGCCGGAACAGUCCUGUUGUUAGUUGUCUUGGGUGAAUGUUUGGCCAUCGGAUGGCUUUAUGGUGAGAGAUCUGCUACUUCUACGUAGAAAAAUUAGCUUCCUAAAGCGCAAUUCCCAGUGCCCAAAGCACCCUUCAUUGAAUCAGCUAUGUACAUUGUUCCACUGUGUGUUGUUUAUCUGACAUGCUAGUUAAUUCCCAUUUUGUAAUACUACUCUGCAAAUAUGAUAGUUCACCCGUGCUAUUGCAAAUUGACUACUACUGAAUCAGUGUCGUAUUGAUCCAAAAUUACUGCAUAUUGAAAGGCUACCUUGUUUUCUGCAGCUCACUUUUGGAUUUCUAAGAGGCAUCAAUCCAAUACUGAACCGAUGCUAACCCAGCUAAAUUUUGUCUUUACUUACUCUGGGUUGAGUUGUGUGACAAUAUUUCGAGGAACCUGGCUGCACGAAGUGAAGGCUAAGAUGUCAGGAAAUAGUGCAUAUACGUUUUUCUGAACUCCUUAAAUGUUUAACGUAACCCAACUCUCUAGGGAAACCCCAAUUCAAGUCUUGAUAAAAAUGUAUUAGUCGAAGAUCCUCAGUGGUUAUAUAAAAGUUGUUUUGUGUUAACUUGAGUGCAGUCAGUGAAAAAUUUGUUUGAAAAUCUUUUGAGGAAUGUUUUCAGAAUCUGCUAACAAACAAACAAGCAAACACUGAAGUAAAUGACAGGUUACUAUUUCUUCUCUUCGAGAUGCAACUAUGUCGAUAAAAAAUACUAAUUUCGUAAUUAUCUUGUAUUGGUUUUGUGUGCGAUUCCUUUUGUCUAUUUUGGACAGGUCGUGACCGUUUCUAUAGCAACAUAGAGGCUAUGUUGGGAUUUCCUAUCAAUCCGUGGUGUGGCUGGUGCUGGAAAUAUCUGUCACCAAUAUUUUGUUUGGUUAGUACAGGAUGGCUUUCUGAAAAAGCUGUAUUCAAGGCUCAGACUACAAAAUAACACAAUUAAGUCUGUAGCCUCAUUGCAAAUACGUGAUCGGUUAUAUUUCUGCUACGUAGUUCUUUCACUCUACUGGCAAGACUAUGGCAAUGCAACGACGCAGUUUAUCUGUCACCACGUCAAAAAACAAUCCAAUUAACCUACAUCUUUUAAAUAGGUUAGAGAUCCUUCACAUAAUGUCGAUUAGAAUCAUUCACUCGGCCGCCUUCAACAAGAAUAAAGAGCUCAACCCACGACCCCUUCAAAAAAAUUAAAAAAGGGCCUUCCUCUUAAAAUGUGUCCUCUAAGCACAAUUAGUCUCUGGAAUAGUUUUCUCCAAAGGGACGGACCAUUAAAAAAUUUAUGGAGGAGAUGGAGGAAUUUUUGAGCCUAAUAAUAUUUUUUCGUUUACAUUUCCCUUGUUUGAUUCAUUUGAGGCCAGGGCAUGAGAUUUGUUUAUGAUUACUUGACCUGCAUGAUUUUUUUCGGUUAUUUUUCCCUUGUGCGAAUUUUUUUUCGUACUUCGCCCGCCCGCCUCCCCUCCAUAAGUUUCCUAACGGUCCGUCCCUAACUAACGAUUUAGUGUUUUGGGGCAAAUUCUUUAUCCCCUGACUUUUUUUGCUUUUCUUUUCUAGGCUGUAUUUGUUUUCUACCUUUGUACUUAUCAGCCACUAAAGUAUCGAGAAUACGUUUAUCCUGCCUGGGGACAGGCGAUUGGUUGGCUGAUGACCCUGUCGUCACUAUCCUUCAUUCCAGCUGUUAUGAUAUACAAACUGAUGAACACCACUGGAUCAAUCAAAGAGGUAAUUAUCUGUUGCUGUUGUAAUAAUAGCAACUCAAUUGACUCAGUGUGCAUAAUUCAUCAGAGCUAAAAUGGACAAACGGCUUCAUGAUUUAAACGUUUUUAAGAAAUGGCACUGGGCUAUUCUUAGUCGCUUAUUAAGGGUCACUAGCCUCUAACGUCUCCCUUCAGUAAUACUGCUCAACCUUUAUUAUUAUUAUUAUUAUUAUUAUUAUUAUUAUUAUUAUUUUCAUUAUUACAUCCAAUAGAGAAUUUUCCAUGUUUUGAUGGCUAAUGAAAGGAAAGGAAGAAAUUGUUACAUAAAAUUAUGUAUUAUAAGAAAAAAGAUGUCUAGGAGCUAAAUAUACAUACGUUUUCGUACGAGCGCCUAGCUAUAAAAUGAUAUUUUUUUACACAGUGGUGACAGAUAAAAUAGUAGCAAAAAACACAACAAAAUAAUGGCUGCCAAAAAAAACACAAAUAUCGAAGAAAUCGGUCCAUAACAGGAGCUCCGUUUGAGAGCUCCUUCAUUCGUGCCGACCGCGUGGGCAUCAAACAAUGAUAUAAGAUGUGAAAAUAUAGGAAAUGAUCGACAAAUUCACCUCAUUAGUGCCAGAGAGAGAGAGUAUUGAGUAAUGUGUGGAGAAUAUCCAUGCUGAUAUCAGGGUUUAAAGGGUCAAAGACCUUUUCUUAACAUCCCUCCAGUGACGUAUUCUUGAGAAAGCUGUUACCUGUCCUCACAUUUUCCACAUAACCUGUUUCCUUUCGGUACUUAAGAGUGAGAGAGGUUUAAAAACCAGAUAUACUUACGUUAAGUCAGUAUUCUAUAAGUAGCAAGAGAUUAUCCUUACGCCUCUAUUUAAAGACCUUUCUUAACUCUCAUCCCAUUGAGGCAUUCUCUAUAGAGAAAAGUGUCCACCGCCUUGAACUUUCCUGGUUACUAGCCAGUCAGAUCAAUCAUAACUUAAGGCAGUGUGAUAGAGGAUUUUAAAACCAGACGUGCGUUAGGACAAGAAGUUCCAUUGAUAAGGAGUCUAGAAUACAGCACCGGGAAUUCAGAAUUCAAGACUGUCUUUGAUGAACCGUAACUGAGCUCAAGCUGAGAAGAGGCCCUAGGUAGUUUCCGAGUAAACAAAGUCGUCAGUUUUAUGAAAAUGGUUUUGAGGUGUUCCUUAUUUUUUGCUAUUAAUAGAGCUAACCCUUACAAUGUGAGAUUCAAUCAAAUGCUUAUUACUAACAAAAGGUUUUGUGAUUUUGUUAAAAUAUGCCUCCAUAAAUUCACCUACCAUUUUAUUUCAGUGAUAUCACAGUAUCCUUCAUCGAUAACCUUGACUGUCUUUAUCGCUAGUUUUUGCACCUGUUGUGUGGAGGCGUGUGUGGCCGAGCGGUUCAUAACACCUCGAACUCUGGAUCUGGAGGUCCGGGGCUCAAGCCUCGCCCGUCGCGGUGUUUUCCUUAGACAGGGCACUGUACUCAACUUUGUCUCUCUUCACCCAGGUGUUUGAAUGGGUGCCGGUGACAUACACUGUAAUGCACUUGCAUCCUGUCCAGGGAGGAGUCGCAAUACUUCUAGUCACGCGCCAUGCUAAGGAAAUGGGUUUAAGCUCCGGCCGUUUGGGCCUUUGGCUCUUGUGCGCCUUUACCUUACCGUACCUUUUGUAACUCAAACCGUUAUAGAACGGAAUUUCAUUUCCUUAUUGAGAGCGAUAAAUCAACUCAUAUCAUCAUUAUUUAGUGGUUGUUGAUUUUUGUUUAUUACAGCGGCUACGAGAAUUGACGAUACCCGUUUUUUUUCAUCGCCAAGAGGCUGCACAACUUAUUCCCAAAGAAAGCAGCAAGGCCUAAUAGUCGUCGAAAGCAACAUUUUAAAUAGAAUGCAGCGCGUAUUCUCUGAAGAAGCAAAUGAAUACUAGAAUAAAAGCUAAGGCUUCUGUAUCUAAAAAGAAAGAGGUAAAUGAACUUAAUAGGAAACAUUGACAGAAAAUUUCUUGAAGGGGAUAUUUCACUACGAUAUUGCUGUUUUAGGUCAAAGCUGUGUAGAAGUCAUUGCAAAAAAUUGCUCCCCCGGCAGAGUUAUGAAUGUUUUGGUGAUUUUUGCAGACAUGUUAUUAAGCCUUGAGAAGCUUGGUCCAGUUUUUCCAAGUUUCGAUCCAUGUCCAUACAUCCUACGUCGCCAAGCGACCAUGUCUUUGACACGAUCAGAGCCAACUUACUUUCUCAAGUCAGUUGAUAAAACCAAAAGUUUGGGAAUUGCUGGGGCUAAUGCCAGCUUUAAAUAGAGUCACAAAGUUUUCUCGCGACGUUUCCCUCAGGAUUACCUAUAUAACACGUCAUCAAAGGACCCUACAUAAGUAGUAGAAAAAUUCCUUUAGUUACAUAAUAAUCAUCCCAGUGCAUUAAAACAAGGCGUUGUGAAGCAUAUACUUGGGCGUCGUUGAAUUUGGCGAAAGUGAAGUUUGUAUGGGUAAGGGAUGGGUAAUUGGUGCAAUGGUGUUGUUUAUUGCUAAGGGUUGGUUGAGAUGUGUAAAGUAAAGUUGUACGUGGUUUGGUGCAAUUCACCAAGUGUUGCUUCUAAGGGAGGACUCGAACUUUUCCUCGAAUACGGCCGAAUAAUAAGGAAUGAUAUAGUUUUCUACAAUUUUUGUAAUUUUUCCUUUGUAUGUAAAUAUGAAAUAAAGUGUUGCUACUUGCAAGCUCUCUCUAAACACACAGGCAAAAAGGACUGUCCCAGAUAUGGAAACCAAUGAAGCUUCCCCAGCUAGCGAAAUGAGUCCAGCAGCCUUUGUGAAAACGGAAGAAGAGAAUUCAAAAAUCAGUGGCCGAAACUACUGGCGCUGAAGUGGUCGGGUCAGAUCAACGCGCGGCCAAGCAAUAGAGGCCUGGGAACUGUACAAAUCAAAUCCAUCCAGAGUGACCUGGGGUGGCCUUUCUAGGGACCAGUACGUUUCUUGCCCAAAGUUAGCCUCCCCCACUGGAAACAUAUUUCUCAACCACUCUCAAACUGUCUUUCCCACUCUCCAGACCCACAUUUUAUUUACAAUCUCAGAAACUCUUACGACAAAGAAACAUAAUUCGCCAUAUUAUAACUUGUUACUUACAUUAAUAAACAGCACCAUCAGACUGCCUGCCUUAACCUGCGGAUCUAAAUGAAUUUCCCUCAGACGAGACAGACCAUGAACGAAAUAAUGUCAAUAGAGCAUAUAACAACUUGCUUCCCAGUACGUCACGGGAGAAACUCGUGGGAAGUCACGCUUUGAGUGCUUUUUAUUUUUCUCUUGAGAUCAGAACUUUUUACGCAAAGAAAACAAGCUUCUGACCGCGCUAAUCAAACUAGAAAGCUGGAUUCUGUAGUGAAAGAAAACAAGGUAUAGUAAUUAUCCUCGUGUUUCUUUGUAGAACGAGCUGAAGAUGUAGGGUCGUCAUUAGAGGCCACUGAGAACUGUGCUGAUUAAGACCCUGUUUACAUGGAGUGGGGGACCCCGGUCUAGUGGGGUAAGUUUCUUUUGUUUUGUGUCCCCAGAGCGUGAAAACAAAAGAAACCAACCCCACUAGACCAGGGUCCCCCACUCCAUGUAAACAGGCCCUAAGCAGUAUAGACAGACAUUACCAGAGGCAAAAUAAUAUCAGUCUCAGUUCAGUUUCAGCUAGACUUGCUACAAGUCGACCUCUUGGCGAGCGGAGUGAGCCUUGUUUGUCCGUGAAGCAGCCGACCGCGAGCGACGAAGUCGCGAGAGGUCAUAUGAAAUCCGACGAAGGACUCUAAGUUUCAGCCGUUGAAUUUCCGUUGUUGGAAAUAGGCCUUCCCUAUUGACCUUCAAGCCUAUAGAGGAAGCUCUCCAUGCUUUAUUCGAAUCCCACAUUAAUAUGCACUCUGUUUGCCUCCCAAAAUUUGCAAAAGUUAAUUGUUUUCAACUGUCUCGGAAGUAUCCAAUACCCCAGGGGCAUUUGAAGAAACAGUUUAUGCAAAAUCUGGGGGCAAACAGAGUUUAUGAUGGGUGAUUCGAAAAUAGAGAAUUUCUGAACUCGUGAGAGUUUAUAUAAGGUCACGAAUUUUGCUCGCGGAUCAGGCAUGAUUUUCGCUUCUUAUGAUUUGUGCACCGUCACUAGCCGGUGUAAUAUUAUAUCACCCUAGAUGAUUUGUGGCAGCAAAAUCACCAGUACGUUGACAAGAUAAAUAAUCACAGCAUCUAGUUUCUAUUGAUAAAUAUACACAAACACGAAUCAAGUUAUCUUGAGUCAUGUUAGAAAUUUCUUUAUACGUGGUUGACAUUUAAAGGAGGUCAACUAACGAAGCGUGCGCGCUUCACCUAAAAUUUAGUAUAUUGUCAUGUUUUAGUACAUGUAACAAAAUUUACUCUGUUAUUGACUUUAAAAACAUGAAAUACGUGUUAAACGUUUAUAACAUGGAAGUAGGAGUGGUAGAUUUCUCUGUUUAAAACGCAAAAAAAAAAAAAAAAUUGUCUGUGGUUUUCCACCCUGAACAUCUUCGCAAAAGGCCAAAAACUGUAAAUGAUUUUUAGACGAAAAGCUCCAGAUUUGUUAAGCAUAUAGUUUUACUUUCUCUCCUGCUUAUACAGCUCGUUUGGUUAAGGGAGGAAUUUUGUAGAGCUAAGACGGGGAGUAAGUUUUACUGCCAGCCACAUGAUUCUAUCACUUUACUGAAUCUACUUUCAGAGAGACACGUGACAUACAUAAAUGCAUUCUAAGGUGAAAAUAGAACAAAGUACAAUUUAACCAGUUGCUGUCGUGCAUAACCCUUGGGAUCUGCCACUGUAAAAGUGGCUGAGCUUGGAGAAAUACCGCUUAAGGAUUGAGAGGUGAGCAAAGUAAUUUUUACCUCCCUCCGUGUAAAACAGUGCUUUUCAUCUUUUCUAAAAAAGUUAAUCGUAAACAACAAAAAGGUAUACAAGGAAUUCUGUUUUUCUAACCGCCUAUCGACUUCUACGUGAGAUCUUUAUUGUCCAUUUUAUGAAAAAACAAAAAAAAUAUCGAUCGUGAAACUUUUCAUUGCGAAAAACUACUACAGGCGAAUUUGUUUACAAUGUUACAAGCAGCAGCUCGCUUGACGCUCUCAAAUUUAACUUAAAUCCUUGGGCUCCGAAAUUUAUAUAAACACUGUACAUUUUGUUAAUAACGAAGGAUUAUAGUCAUAUCCUGUAAAUAUGCAUUUUUUGUAUUUUUGCUGUUCACACCUUAACAGGAACGUGAUUUUACUGAUAAUCAUUAGGUAUAAAGUAAGUUCCUUAGCUCUGUCUUGUUAUACUUCCUGAUGAAGUCUGUGUGAUCAGAAGAAACCGGUCGGAGAAAUAAAUCAAGUUUUCAAGCUCAUUAGUGUUCAUUUAAAAAAUUGUUUAACGGCGCCCGUGGACAUUAGAGAUGAGAUGAAAUCUACCUCUUUGUCGCAUGAGUAAAAGUUCGUACGUCAUGUGAGAAAGUGUCAAGUGUUUGAGGAAGUUUCACUGCAUGCGGUUUUUAGUUUGUUACCAGAUUUUCACGAUAUAACGCCGGGCCCCGAAUAAACGCCGGGUCUUGGAGGGGAAGUUGUAGAUACACCCCCCAGAGGUUUAUUUGUGGUAUAAUAAACUAACGGUAUAAAGGCAAGAUACACGGCUGUCAAGAAAAAGGCAUAAAAACUUUUCUAUAGUAACAGUAAGGUCGAAUAAACUGCAAAUUCAAACAAACACCGGUCCACAAGGUCAAGUUUGAUUUAAACGCCGGGCGCGUUAAAUUGAGAAAAUACGGUAAUUGUGAUGUUAAACGUUUACAAUUUUUGGAAUCGAUCAUACAUUGCUAUCUAGUGUCUAGACGUUACACUUCGCAAUAUGCUGGGGCUUGUGCCACGCCCGGGGGGACUCCCUUACAAAAGUGACGGGGAUGGUCGUCGUUUCGGUUUGGGGCCGGGAAAUUGCAGAUUUUGGUCUCACUUAGGGUGUUUGGGAUGGAAAGUUACUAUAUUUGCUCCAUUCAAGUAUCGCUUAGUACUGUGCAUAAAUAAAUUUAUCAAAACUGCCUUAACAGUAACCAAACAGAAAUCUCCCUCCAGGGUCUGUUUAAGCUUGAGCCACACCCACAUUGGUCUCCUUUAGCAGUUUCAUUUGAAUUUUCUGACAAGCAACCCGGUCACUUUUAUAUGGUAGUCGCUCUCCCCCCCGGGGUGCCACGGUACCUCGUCCACACUCGCGGCAGAGCAAUUCCCUCUUAAUCUUUUUCAGUUCUCUUUUUUCCCCUUAAUUUUGUUAAUAACACAGUUUUCAAAUCCGUUUGGUUCUCAACUUCCCUUCAUCUCUUCUUAACUUGGCUGAUACAACACCAGAACUGUCGAAUUUGACCUGUCCAAUUAGAAUCUGCUUGUAUAAUCGAACAGGUCAAAUAGGAGAGUUGAACAGCCAAAUAAAAAAUCGGGCAUCAAAUAUUGAUGGCCAAUGAAUUUAACAAAUUAAGUCACGCUAGCAAAUCAAAACCAAGAAAAAACUUCAGUGAGCCAUUUUUCCACCUUCAGUUUGGAUAUCCAAGGAAGCACUUAAUUCCUCGUGUACCGUUAAAAUUCUCACAAAUGUUCUUCCUUUCUUUUUUUCUUUUUCAUUCAAAAAGACAAAACGCUAUGAUACCGACCUUCUCUAAUACGGACAACGUCGUAACAGGAACGUGAUUUUACUAUUAGGUUUUAAGUAAGUUCCUUAGCUCUGUCUUGUUAUACUUCCUGAUGAAGUCUGUGCGAUCAGAGGAACCGGUCGGAGAAAUAAAUCAAGUUUUCAAGCUCACUAGUGUUCAUUAAAAAAAAUUGUUUAACGGCACCCGUGGACGUUAGAGAUGAGAUGAAAUCUACCUCUUUGUCGCGUGAGUAAAAUGUUCGUACGUCACGUCGGAAAGCGUGUUUGAGUGUUUGAACCACUGCAUGCGGUUUUUAGUUUGUUACCGUAUUUUCCCCGAAUAAACGCCCGGUCGGACCCGAAAUCUGGACCCCUGAGAGCAGCUUCAUACGGACUCUAUAGUCCAUUACGGUGAACAUGAGAUGCCGACAGUUUGGUUUCAUAUUGAUGAGUUAUAACAACUGUGUUAAAAGACGUGUUUUAGCCUGUUUAAUAACUGAACUCUUAAACCUGUCCGGUGAUGUGACCUCUAAAGAACAGACGAACACCUUGCUCUGUCCCUUUGGUGACCGUAUUUGAAAACUGUCAUUGCUCGGUGAGGGAGGGUAGACUGCUUGACUGCUAGCCUCCCACGCAAAGGUUUUCCCACGCAGAAGUUCUUAGUAGUUCGUCACUCGUUCCUGCCCCACGUUGGAGACGAGGGCUGGCCAGAAUGUAAGCAGUCCGUUAGGAUUUUCGCGCGGGCGAGCACGUUACGUAUAAGCGAACAACGUUUUGUGCGUUUGCCUCGCUCGCGCACACGUAAGAAGCUCGUCCGUGCUGCAAUCUCGAGGAAUUGCUUGCAGUCUACUGGGAAAUUAGGAUCUCUUCUAACGACACUCUUACCUCCCUGUUCUUGCUUAAUAGAAUACAGUGAAACUUCUAUUCAGGGGACACCCUCGGGUUCAAGAGAAGUAUCCCGUAAAUAGAAGUGUCCCCUUAAUGGAGAUGUCACUUGAAAAGAGAUGUCCAAAAGGAGAGGUUCCCCUGUAUUUUUAACGCAACAGAGCAUUGCAAUAUUGGAACAAUGUUGCAACCAUUCGAAACGAUAUAGCAACAAUGAAGCAGCGCUGUGUUGCGCUAAAAAUCGUCGUUGCAAAUCGUCUCGUAUAACAUCACCUUAAGAGAAACAAAGGCUUUGUUCCCACUAUUUCGUACAGCUUUUUCGCUGCGACGAAAAUCAUACUGGAUUGGGCUUCUGUUAAAAAACAAGAACGGUCGACUGAGUGGAGUGUCACAUAUCGAAUAGAUUUUGUGCCAUUCUUUGGCGCAGUGUAAUAUUCGGCACGUCGCGAAAGUAAAUAAGUAGGAGCGAGGCCUGGAACCCACUGAGACGGAAGUAAAUUUUUAGGAGUGAGGACUGGAAUCUAAUGCACCAACCCUCUCGGCCAACCGUGCCGGCAGGAUGUUCAAUGUGUGUGAAAGACUUGUGUCGCCCCGGGCUAUUGCUAUUCACACCUUCAUGAUACCGAAUAGCUUUUGUGUCGGCACGAAACUUUACCCGACAUCGUGUGAACAUUGCUUAAGUCCCUAAUUACCAUCAUUUUGUGUUACUUUUUUCACAUGCUUUGCGUAAUAAAGAACAACUACAGGUUUAGAAUGGUUGACGUUGUGAAAGAGCGGGAGAUCUGGUCAUCGAAGAUUGAUUUCAUUCUUGCAUUAAUGGGUUAUUGCAUCGGCUUGGGUAACAUAUGGAGAUUUCCAUACCUUUGUUUCAAAAAUGGUGGAGGUAGGUAGGUUCUUUAUUUAGCAAUUGCUGCAAUUAGAAGGCUACAUUGUUCCUUGGGUAGAAGAACCAUUUUUGGCGUGCGGUGGGAUGUGUCGGCCAAAGGCAGAAGCUACGAGCGGCACAGUCAUGGUAAAGACUUCAUAUAAAAUUGCAAAUUCUAAGGCUAUGUUUCAUUAGUAAAAUCCAACCUGUGGUCUAUUAUCAGUGCUGCGUUCUGAUUGGUUGAGUUACUACUAGGCUAUAUGUUAUAGCCCACUAGUAGCGAAAAGCGCCGGCCUUGAAAACCAAACAAUGGCGACUGAAUCGCGUUUUGCCAGCUAAAGUCCUUUUUUCUCGAUAUUUAUGACCAACUAGUUGGAUUUUACUAACACAAUUAUUCCUCUCGCUCUCUUGGCCUCUGAGUCAAUAGCCCAUUCGGCCUUAGACCUCAUGGCCUAUUGACUCAGAGCCCAUUCGGGCUCGAGGAAUAAUUGUUAAAUAUUCAGCUUUCACCCAGACCAUGUUCACACUAUACCGGAUUACUUUCACUUUUGGACUAGUCAAUCUUGUUUUCAUUCAUCAAACUUGUCUUUUGAGUGUGAGCAUCCAUGUAUCCACACAUACAUGGUCAUAACUGAGCUAGCCUGUGUACAAACGCCGCCUCCCCCCUCCCCAGGGGGGGAGGCGUCUGUAAACAGGCUAAACUGAGCCCUCUCUACCAAGCGCAUGGCUGUUAGACCUUGGUUAGAAUUUAUACCCUAGCAAUGCAGUGGCGGAUCCAGACGAUAAGGGGAGGAUGGGGGGUGAAAAAAAUAUAUGUUUUCCUCCUUUCGGGCCUCAGUUUGGUUUAAAGAUGAAAGAGGGGGGGGGGGGGUCCGCCGGGGCCUCUCCUCUGGAUCCGCCACUGCAAAGUUUCUACACGAAACGAGGUCUCCUUUUAAAACUCUAUUAAACUAAGAGAACUAAUUCUGAAAUGGUUUCAAAUUAUUAGGUAGUUUUCUCAUUCCUUACUUGAUCUGCCUAAUGGUGACUGCACUACCAGUGACGGUAUUGGAGGUUGGCUUGGGCCAGUUUACCAGUCAAGGAGCAAUCACUGCCUGGAACAUCUGUCCACUUUUGCAAGGUAACCGAAAUCCUAAUGCAGUGAAUACAGUAGUCACAUGACAUCACACUUGGGGCAAGGGUGAUGCAGUGGUGAAGGCACAGUUAUCUCGCGGCGAAAAAUGAACAAAAACUCAUCUGCUCCACUACUCUAACUCAAGACAAGAAGAUACUCUUGUUUUUUGGUCAUCUUAGCUUAAGAAGAAACAAAAAGCAAACUGCUGUGAAUAAAAACAAAAAUUUCAAUGUAGAAUAAGUAACUAAAAAAAAACAUAUUUGGAUAUAGAAUACUGCGCUAAAAUGUUUCUCAUAUUAAAACAAAAGUUAAAAACGACGACGUUUCAACGCUCAACUAACGUUAUUAUCAAGUCAUAUUUAAUUGUAGGAAAAUUUGCAUAUAAUUAAAGCACGCAAACUAUAAAAGGUGAACUGUUUCGGGGGACGCAUUUUCAACAUGGCGGCAAAUUCGUACCCCCAAAACAGUCCCACAAUGUACUUUGCCAACCUGACUCGACGCGGUCUCCCGCAACCUCAAAGUGGCUAAUCUGAUAAGUGCGUUUGCGCUGUCUUUGUUGUUUCACUAGGUAUCGGCUAUGCAAGUGUUCUUGUAGUGACCUGGAUCAUUAUGUACUACCUUGUGGUUCUUGCGUGGUCGUUGUUUUACCUGUUUGCCUCGUUCCAAUCGACACUUCCUUGGUCGCACUGCAAUAACGAAUGGAAUACGCCAAACUGCGUGGAUCACAAUAGUGGACACAACCAAGACGGAGAGCAUAAUAAGACAUUCCAAAAUGUUACUUCUCUCUUUAACUUAACGGUAGCAAAUGUAUCCAAGCGAAUGCCGGCAAUCCAGGAAUACUGGGAGUAGGUGUCUGUUUUUUUUAAUGCUAUUGGAAUUGAAUUUAGGAGAAGUUAAAAGGGGCGAUGCUAGCCUAAGAGCGAUCACAAUACUAUGGCUAAGUAAAUAUCGAAGAAUUACUGUUACUAAACACCCUCGUUUUCCCAACAGAUUCUUACAUAAAUAAAUGGUAAUUAGCUCAAAUUUAGGCUAUUUAGGUUCUUGAUUAGGUUCUUAUUUUCUGGAGGAAAAAUACAUGACAUUAACUCGGCGAAUGGUACACCAAGAUCAACAAAAAUUGAAAAUUGUGUGAAAACAAGGCUUAAUAGUCGUUGAACUACGCAAAAUAGCGGGCAAAGAAAGCAGAAAUAUGAAUAUGGGCAAAUUUAGCCCUACUUCGCAGAGUAGAUUAUCAAAACUGACCACAAAUGUUAUGGAGACGCAAACGGUAUAAACCGAACUGAAAGACGACCAACAAGCAACAUUUGUAUGUUAACGAGUUAAAAACUAUUUAGCCCGUUUACUCAGUUUCAACAUAAUCCAACAACACUGGACAAAUCGUUUUAGGAAAUCAUCGGAAGUGACAACCGUCCAGUACAUUGUUCUGGACAAGCUUUGUGGUUUGAAACUGAUUUUCUUUGUACAAUUUGCACAAAAUAUUUCUGUCUUUAUCAGUUACAGGGUGUUACGUCUUUCUAAUGGUCUGAACGAACCAGGACCAGUGAACUGGGACCUGGCCUUGUGCCUGUUGUUGGCGUGGAUUAUCUGUUACCUCUGUGUCAGUAGAGGGAUUAAGACAAGUGGCAAGGUUAGUAAACACUUGUUUUGUGUUAGGCCAAGUUCAUACGACGAGCUUCUGCCAAUUUUAUUUAAUAAGAAAAGUGUGACGUCACAAAACUUGAAAAUUGCGGAAUUAUGGGAUUGGUUAACAUAUUCAGAAACAGUAAGAUGGAUAAAGGUCCCUUGCCAAAAAUCAGCCUGUUAGUGCAAAUUGGUGAAGAGAUAUAAGCACCGGUUUGCUCGUCGGUUUGCUCCGGCUUCGAUCGUAACGUUAACGUCUCAGGCCUAUUUUAGACGGAUUCAUCAGAAACAUCCGCAUAUGACAAUACUUAUAUCUCCUCACCAAUUUGCACUACACUAACAGGCUGAUUUUUGGCAAAGGGCCUCUACUCAUCUUGUUCUAUACCGUAUUUAUUGGAUUAACCGCCCUGGGCGCUUAUUAAUUCUUGAACCUUGAGAGUGGGCGCUUAUUCGAGGCUGGGCGCUUAUCAAAUAUUCACCAUUUUCAGCAAGUGUAGUAUGCCACAAAUAGUAAUAACAAAACGCGAAAAGAUGUAAGAAAGAAAGGUUUCUGUAAAAUACUCUGAAAAAACUCCGUCUUCGGGGAAGUCUCUUAUUAGUUAUUAUUCAAUUUCAAUUUCAUUGCCACUCAAGUCAACAAAUGAAUUAUCUGGUGCUGCCUCCUCGAUGUCCGACAUCGUAACGUGAGCAAAUGGCCGGGUUAGUCGCCCGAGAAGCAGUUUUUGUGAUGUCAUCACUUCUUUUCUCUGUUAGGUUCAAUAGACGCAGGGGCUUAGCGUGAGAUUGGAAGAAAAACACACUGGGAUGAAAGUUAGAGCACCAUGCAACAAGGGGGUCUGUACUUUCCCAGAAAAUUUUAAAAUUUACGGUAUCGGAAAUGCCAUUUUGGAACUAAAUACGAAGGCAAAUGCUGUGAAGGCGCAAGGAAGGGCACAUUUUUUCGUUUUGAAUAUUUUCCAGCUUACAAUCUCAUGAAAUCAAUAUGUUAUUAAAGCUGUUACCCCCACAGAUUAAGACUUGGAAUUAAGAUCUUUUUACGAAUCUUCCCACUUGGCUUAUUUUUCAGGUUGUCUACUUUACAGCCACUGCUCCGUAUAUUUUAAUAACGGUUCUUUUGAUCCGAGCCGUUACUUUGCCAGGAGCAGGGGAAGGAAUCAAGUUUUAUCUCAAGCCUGAUUGGUCAAGACUUAAAGAUGGCCAGGUGAUUUUACUCUAAGCUCAUUACAACUCACUUACAAGAAGUCUUAACAAUGUGAAGUUCUAAAACUGUUUCCCACCAAAACUAAGUCGCUUACGAGAGAUGGUCGUUUACAAGAGGUUCCAACUGACAUAGUAAUUUACCUCGGAAAAUUUCGGUGUUUUUUAUUUUCUCUUAUGGGUGGUAGUCGCAUAUGAAGGUUGCAGUUUAUAACAUUUGUGGCUGUAGAUAAUUUAAGAAAACAGAAGACAAAAUUUCCAUAACAUUUCGUUUUAUCGACAAAGUUGAUUAAGUCUAUUCACUAGAGCAAAAAGAUUGAAAGUCUGACGUUUUGAACGUCAGCUUUUUGCCAGCGCAAAUCUGAAGGAUGCCAGAGACAAACUGGUUACAAUCAUCUCUUUUUUAGACGGCCUUGAUAUCUGUGGGAAAAACAGAAAAUGCCAAGGUGUUUGUCUUGUAGAGAGUCAAGGACAGCGACUGCAGAACGUUUGGGACCAACUCUAGGUGUCUGCUUAAGGGAUGUGUCCGUUAUGAGAGGGUUGGCUGUAGAACCAUCAACUUUUCAUCAUCAUCUGUCUAACAUAUUAAAAGCGACAUAAAAUAGCAGAUCUAUCAAAAAUAGAUUUUGGUAUAUUACCGAAUAGCCUCCCACGCAGGCGUUUUUAGGGGAUCUCGUUUUUCCCUGUGGGGAGGGAUGAAAAACGAGCUCUCCUAAAAACACCUGCGUGGGAGGCUAAUUACCGAAGCACCAAAAUUAAUAAAAUUUGGUUAUCUCUGCAUGCAGGAAAUUUUGGUUAGUAGUCGAAGGCAUGCAUAUACAAUGUGUGUUUAAAUCGCUAUGGUCAAUAUAUUAACAGCCGUCAAAAAACGACAUCAGCUGACCAGUGUCACAUGACUGUAUCGCAGGCUAGGGUGUACAACACAUUGAGAUCACAAGUUUAUUUUGAGUUCUCCGCUAGCCAGUUAUUGAUUUUCAAUUGAUCGCAGGCUCAGGUCCAAUUUUUUUCAUGAUAUAGUUUGCUUGUUGUUUACGGCUAAAUUUGAAUAACUUAAAGACAUUUCUUAAAAGAUCUCACGAGAGCUUCCCUUUUGUCCAUGGCUAAAUCUAUACUUUAUCAACGCCUUUCUUUUCUCCCAGGCCGGCAACAAUGACAACAACGAGCUUUAUUUGUAUGACCAUACAAGCACAUGCAGUAUUGCAAAAGCUAUGUUUAGGAAUCAAAAUUACAACACAGGGCAAUUACGUUACUUUGAUAAUAAUUUGUCUCGACUAUCAAAACAAGCUGAAAUAUAUUUUAUGAAUUGUAUAUUGAUAACGUAAUUAGAAGAGUUCAUCAGUUCAUUGAUCAAACCGUUUAUAGGUAACUGGGUAAUAUUUGGAAUCAGAGUCUUGACUUUAUAGUAAAAUUUACUCAUAAUCAUAGGGUAUGUAGGGCAUUGAAAAAGAAAGUGAACUUCGUCUUCUAUUACAUUGCAUCCACAAAAAGGGCAAUGCAGUGUGUGCAGUGUGUGCCCGGCACAGACCUAGCAACUGUAGAUUCGUUAAACUCCCAUUACUCAGAUAAAAGUAAUCUUUACUUUAAAGGUUUGGUUGGACGCUGGUACACAAGUUUUUUAUUCAUAUUCCAUUGGACUGGGCGGCUUGAUUGCACUCGGAAGCUACAAUAAGUACUACAACAAUUUUUACAGGUACAAACAAACAAGUAAACAAACAGAUGUGACUGAACAAUUCAUCCUUACCGGGUGAUGAAUUAUACCCGAUAGGCUUAGAUUUUAGUAGUCUACGUUUCGCAUGUCAUAUCUCCGUUCUUCCCCGCCGAGCUUAUGCUUGUUUCAUGUUUUACUUGAUACGUAUACGGCAAGUUUAAUACCAUUAACUGACGUGAUGCAACUAACUUUGACUCUGAAGAUGAUUACCGCUCAGGUUGUCGAAACGUCAGUCACUAUGCAUGUCAACAUUAAACAGUCCUAUUCAGGACUACGUUCACCCGGACGAUCAUACUCAAACUACUUAGAAUCUGUCCAUGUAAGGACGAAAUAGGUAAAAUUAUGUUCCAAUUCUCGGCGGUCUUGGGAAACUCUUUUUAAACUUUGAAAAACGUUUGUCAACACUAUUUCAGUAUUUCGGUGACGAUAAGCGGUGGGACCGGGAGGAGGGGGGGGGAAUUAGUAACUCUAUUGUUUUCCACCUAAGUUUGUUGAACCACUCCGCCUGCCAAUAUGACGUCACAUAGUAACGGGCAAGAGCUUUGGGUCGCUUGUGCAAAUUAGCAAGGGAUUCGACAGUUAUUUGGAAGAGCGAGGUCGAGGAAAAGCUAAGAAGCUAGCAAGUAUCGCUAUAUAUCGCUCAGUGAUCGAAUGUGUGUGAACUUUGGUGUUGCCAUAAUCUGCUUGUGUAAAAGGUUUUGAUAUUUUGUGUCCGUGAUUGCAUAAUUUUGUUAAUUUGUUUUACGGACCGUGUUGUGGGAUCGCCAUCUAUUUCACGGGACCGGCAAGGUCAUCAAAACUUGAAUUUUUUUUCUUCUGUAAAAUAGGCAAGCUCUAGUGUCCAGAAUAGGAGGUUCCAUUCACAGAUGACACAGGUUUAUAUUUCAUCUAUUCUUUUGCCAAUUAAACGGGCCUAACUUCGUAUCAUUCCUUUCCAGUGUGGGCCUCUGUUGAUCUCCUAAUUCUCCACCAAAUUCAGUAAAGCAAGUUCGAUCGUUUAUCUACAUCGAGUCGGCCCGUUGAACCCGAUGCGAAAUAGCUUUGAAAUACGCGCGUUAGCUAAUUUCCUCAAAUGUAUAUUUGAAUUCAUGAUAAAUACAGCUCCACCAGCUUCAAAUAGUGUCUAUUGAAGAGAACAAAUUUUUUGUUUUGACAAAAUUAAUUUUUCAAAUCAUGUGUGUCACUGUGGUGCAGUGGUCAAGGAGUUGCUUGAACGUGCAGAUAAACCGGGUUCCACUCCCGGCGACGCUGUGUUCGGUUUUUUUGUACCGUUUUUUUUUCUGUUUGGUCUCCAUAAGCUGUCAAGACAUGUCCCUCCUCUGAAACAGCUGAAUUUUUUCAAUGUCAUUUUAGUUGACAUCAUGACAAACAACGCAGAGUACACCAAAAACUGUACUAAUUUACACCCAACACCCACCAGCGACCCACUGGCGAAAGUUAAACUUGCCCUUUGUACAUCGUCUUAAUCAUCAAUAUUAUUAUCCUAAAAUCUCCACUGGGUUCCCCCCCAAAAAAUAAUUAAACGAAACCUUUAUUGCUUUUCGGGAUUUAAUUACAGAAUUACAGGUGUAUGCCCAAUACAGUAUUAAAAUAAUGCGGUUAAGCAACAAGAUUCAGUGCUCACAGUCUCUCACAAAUACCUGUCAUUUAGCUUCCUCUUUCAACGCUACAGCUAAGCAAACUUCGAGAGGAAUGAUAUGGGUCCCACUAGCUCGGAAGAGCUGAAAAUACGCACAAUGUAAAGCAUAAUACAUCCUUUGAUGAACUUCCUAUUGCUGUGUCUAAACUCUUCAAUCUUGCUGUGCACUGGCCCUCAAAAAUGUGACCGGUCGGUAUGAUUGCCCGUAAAAUUUGCUCGACGAUAGAAAGGAAUCUUUAAAAUUCAUUACACCACUGGACAUUUCAUUCCAAAAAAGUACUCACGUUUAGUUUUCUAUGACAAUAGAAACCUUAAAACCUCCAAAUCCAAGAAAUCGGAAAAGUAUUUUCGUGAUAAACUAAAAGUUUUUAUCUGUCGCUUCCAUGAACACUUUGCUCGCCAUCUUGAAAGUUACCGACGCUAGACGUGACGUCAUAAUGGCAGGCGGACUGUACCACAGAUUUCCUUGGAGACACCUCCCCCCCUGGGUGGGGCUAUGGAAACACUGACAUGAAAGCCCAACAAUUCUCAAGGUCAAAACAAACAGACAAAUUAAAACAAUAAAAACGGAGGAGUGUUCAUGAGGCGUUGAGGUAAGCGAUCAGCUGAGAAUUUGUGUAUUUUUCUGAAUGAUUGUUUUCUUGCCUUUCAGGGACUGCAUAUGGAACGCAUUCUGCAACAGCGGAACUAGUUUUUAUGGCGGAUUUCUGAUUUUCUCUAUUUUGGGUUUUAUGGCGAAACAUCAAGGUGUUGAGGUCAAGGAUGUAGUUCAGGCAGGUUCGUUUGCUCACAACCUAAAAAAAAUGGCUUGAGCUGCCUGGUUGAAUUUAUAAACGCAAAGAUAUAUAAUAUCCCCGAAAAGGAGCGAGGUUGUUUCCACCUACGCUGUACGUUUGUUAGCGCUCAGUAGGCUGAAAAGUCUUCGUAUUAUUCUAGGCGCACAUUUAUUUGAUGGACAGAGGUCACUAAACAUGCAUAUGAUCGACCAUGCAUAUGAUCGACCAAAAAUGAACAUAAAAUCUGCAGAAGCCAUAGAAUGAAGGGCUUUCAACCUGAAACGUACAAGAGCGCUCUUUAAAGCUUUAACUCGAGCUUCCUUGGAGAUCAUUUAGAUAAGAAACAAGGCGCACGAGUGCGUGAACCCGGCCUUCUUUUAGUUCAUACAAUGAUAGAGUGCCGGGGAAAAGUGUGCACUACAGCCCAUAUGAACUUUUAUGAUGAAUUGAUUAUGAAUAACGGGAAAAAAUACUAACGGCUAUCAAAUCAGUCUGGAAAGACUCGAACGUUCGAAAGGGGUGUACUUGAACAUGACUGCAUAACAAUGUUAUGCUUCAAAGAUGUGUUGAAGCUAGUUUUCUUUUUCUUUAAAUUAGCAUGAGCUUCAGUCACAAUCUUUGGUAGUAAACUAAUAUUAUGAAGGAAAAACUUUGAAAUAACACCCUGAAGAGGAAGAGAACUUAAUGGUUGGAAUAAUUAUGCUAGGAUUUUAAAUUUUUUUUGGUUGCUGAAGUGCUUAUUGUACAUGCUAAAUUGCUACAAGGGAGUACAAAAUCCAGAUCUUCCCAUGAGUAAGAUCUGUAUUCACUUUUUGUCACUCUGUUACAGGUACUUCAAAGGCAAACUACUAGCAUCUUCUUUUAGCUAAUUCAUCGUCAGAAAACUUCGAAAAGUUUUGCUGCACUUAUCGUUUGAUUUGGGACCAAGUUCAUCUUCUCUAAAAAAAAAUUAAAUAAAUAAAGGAUAUGUCGAUAUUUCAUUGCCUUGAUAUUGAUUCAACAACAAGCACAGAGAUAACCACAGAAAACCCAAACCUAUACUGUGUACCUCGUUGACGAUAAUCCCGAAACCAAUUAAAAUACAGAAUAUUAUAAUCGAUUUGUCGAUCCUUUUAAUUGCAAGUUUGAAUGUACAGUAGCUGAACACAGCAAAGAGAAAAUUUCUAGAAUAGAUCAUUUUGAAAUUUCUAAUAAUGUUGGAUCGAUCAAAAUGGAGUUUUGCAAGAUCGAAAUUCGACCGUAAGCAAUCGCCAAUUUUUUAAAGAACUAUAAGCUUACAUGUAAUUUUGACUUUCAAAUUUAUUCUAAAUCUCAUUGUUAAAUUAAAAUUUAACAAUGAGAUUUGAUCGAUCAAAAUCAUGUCGAUUUUUAGCACCAAACAACUCUACGUGCUUUACAAACCUGCCGCUUCCGUGCGAGUUCGAUGCAAGUUAAUCCAUAUAUGCCGAAAAAGUCAUAGAAUAUUUCUUUCCUUCGAUAAAGUUAUGAUUAGGAUUAGGAUUUUGCCUCUAAGCCAAUGAAUUUGCGGAAAUCGAUCCCGUGAUAUUUCGCCAGUACAGGCAUGCGCUUUAAAGAGAAGAGGGCGAUUUGACGACGAAGGAAAAACCCAGGCCAUUUUAUAAUCCGUCUCUUCCUGAAAGGAAGGCCGGGUAAUGAGGAGGCGUUUAAUUCUACCCAAAACAGGAUUUCCUCGCCAAAAGUUUUUCACGUCCUAUUUUAUCGACGGUCGAUUGGUCUUCAGGAUAUUUACUUUUUAUAUCGUAUUCGACGAUUUGCUCCUGAUUGGAUUGAGAACAUGUGUAAUGAAAACAUGAAAAACCAAGGGCCUCGAUUCGAGAGAAAUUACAUCAUUGCCAAAGAGCAAAUACGUGAUGAAUAUGGCGCGUCAUAUCAAUCAUCGCCUAAAAUACAUCGCAUGCUCAUCGCAAGACUUACAGUGAAAGUUUACCCCACUCCACCAGUUUGCCUCUCUAUCGAAGUUAUCGUCAUAAAGUUAAAUUUUUUUUCAACGCCUGAAGUAUUCACUUGUUCCAAAGUAAUCAACGCUUUUUGCAUUAAUCUUUCCAAAGCUUUAUUAACAAAACAUGAAUGGCACUGUGGAAAAUGUUUAUAUGUUCUCAGUCACGUCGUGGUUUUUAUCCCCAGUUUCCACGGUCUACGCUAGGAACGCCUGGGACCAUGAAUCCCCUCUUAGCGCACACACAUGAAAAAAAAAAAAAAAAAAGAGAAAAAAAAAGAAACGCUUGCCCUUUUAGAGUACUCGCUGCUAAAGCCAACUCGACCAACAGGAAACCUAUGAUUGGCUGGUCAGUCAAAGCUUGUUUAUAUAACGAAAUGUGAAGUAUUUGUAACUGUUGAACCGCCAAAAGCAACUUAUUUGAAGAGACAACUGCUCACCUAGUAUAAAAUAAGAAACAAAUAAUUCUUACCAAUUUGGAGUUGCUUAAAGUUUUCCAGUUUUUGUGAUUGCACGUCCCAGGUAGCACUUUCUCUCUCCUCGAUUUUAUAUUUCUCUUUAUAGGACCGGGCCUUGUUUUCUUAGUUUAUCCUGAAGCAGUUGCCCAGAUGCCGUUGGCUCCUCUGUGGUCCGCGUUGUUUUUCUUCAUGUUUCUUUUGCUUGGUCUGGACAGUGCGGUAAGGUGAAAAAAACCAAAGCCAUUCAGACGUAAAUACAACUUACUGUCAUAACUCAGUUAUUUACGUCUUUUUGUUCUGGUUCCCAUGUGUUGUUUCCACCACCAAAAGUAAAACAAAGAAUAGGAUCACUGUGUCCCUGUACAUGGAGAAAUUAGCUAAUCUUUAAUAACACAUACAAAAGUAUAAAAAUCCGCAGAAACGUUCUAUCUUUCGAGUAGGCAGACCAAAUCUUAUUGUGUUAAAGUUCAUAAGAAUUUACUCAAUAUCAAUGUCAGUAUUUACUUUUUGUUAUUCUUAAGUUUGAAGUAGUUUGUUCAGUGUUGACGUUGCCUACAAAAGCCUGAACUAAAGGCCCUUAAAGAAUACGUUUGCAUACAUAAAAAGUCUCUAUUUUGCUUUUGUACAGUUUGUGAUGAUCGAAAGCAUUAUAACUGCUAUUGUCGAUUUAUUCUCGCAACAUCUGAGACGAGGAUACCGCAAAGAAUUGUUUACAGCUCUGAUGUGUAGUCUGUGGUUCCUUUGUGGAUUGUCCAUGGUUACUAAGGUAAAGCUUUAUUGACGGAGCUUGGGGAGAGGCCUGGGAGGUCUGCUUCUCCUUAUUUGAAGGCCAAACUGAAGCCCAAGGGGUUGUGAAAAUGUUUUUCGAGGAAAGAUCUGAUUCUAGCGCUGAGGUUCUGUAAAUGGCUCAGUGAGCGUGCUUUUUAUAAACUAAAUCCAAAUCCGAAUGUUAUAACAUAAGUUAUUUCAUAACUAAAAGGGCCUGUUUAAAUUAGUAACCUCUGCUUUAAUCAGCUGUUUCAAAAUAGUAUCAUCAAAUACGAAAAAUUCAAGUGUUGAUUAGCACGUAUAUUCCUUGUAGAAAUUAAGGUUUUUCAGCUGCAUCGCACACGACAAAGAAAGCCUGGGAUGCAAGACUGAAAUAUUCAGGACUAAUUAACCGUGUUACCUGCUUUCAACAUUCAGUUAUCGUUUUUACAUCGUUUAGAAAACGAGAAGCGUCAACUUUUAAUGAGGAAAAAGUGUAAAAUGUAAAUGUAAGAUCUGCGUUUACGCGCCAGUUGGCGGUACAUUGCGAUAAGUCCUUGCCUUUGACUGUAAACUGUAAGAAUCGAUGGCACAACAUUAAUAAAACCGAAACACUUUUUUAGGGUGGUAUGUACGUGUUUCAGUUGUUUGACGCAUAUUGUGGUGCCGGAACAGUCCUGUUGUUAGUUGUCUUGGGUGAAUGUUUGGCCAUCGGAUGGCUUUAUGGUGAGAGAUCUGCUACUUCGACUUAGAAAAAUUAGCUUCCUAAAGCGCAAUUCCCAGUGCCCAAAGCACCCUUUAUUGGAUCAGCUAUGUACAUUGUUCCACUAUGUGUUGUUUCUCUGACAUGCCAGUUAAUUCCCAUUUUGUAAUUGAUCCAAAAUUACUGCAUAUUGAAAGGCUACCUUGUUUUCUGCAGCUCACUUUUGGAUUUCUAAUGAAGAGAGGCAUCAAUCCAAUACUGAACCGAUGCUAACCCAACUAAAUUUUGUUUUUACCCUGGGUUGAGUAGUGUGACAAUAUUUCAAGGAACCUGGGUACACGACGUGAAGGCUAAGAAAGAUGUCAGGAAAUAGUGCAUAUACGUUUUUCUGCACUCCUUAGCCCACCAACUCGCCACGGGAACCCUAAUUCAAAUCUUGAUCAAAAUGUAUUAGUCGAAGAUCGUCAGUGGUUAUAUAAAAGUUGUUUUGUCUUCACUUGAGUCUAGGCAGUUAAAGAUUUGUUUGAAAAUCUUUUGAGGAAUGUUUUCAGAAUCUGCGAACAAACAAACAACAAGCAAACACUGAAGUAAAUGACAGGUUACUAUUUCUUCUCUUAGAGAUGCAACUAUAUCGAUAAAAAAUAUUAAUCGCUUAAUUAUCAGGUAUUGAUUUUGUGUUGGAUUCCUUUUGUUUAUUUGGACAGGUCGUGACCGUUUCUAUAGCAACAUAGAGGCUAUGUUGGGAUUUCCUAUCAAUCCCUGGUGUGGCUGGUGCUGGAAAUAUCUGUCACCAAUAUUUUGUUUGGUUAGUACAUGAUGGCUUUCUGAAAGAACUGUAUUCAAGGCUCAGACUGCAAAAUAACACAGACAAGUCGGUAGCCUCAUUGGAAAUAAACACGUGAUCGGUUAUAUUUCUGCUACGUAGCUCUUUCACUCUACUGGCAAGACUAUGGCAAGGCAACGUCGCAUUUUAUCUGUCGCCACGUCCAAAAACAAUCCAAUUAACCUACAUCUUUUAAAUAGGUUUGUUAUCCAUCACAUAAUGUCGAUUAGAAUCAAUCACUCGGCAGCGUUCAACAAGAAUAAAGAGCUCAACCCAACCCUUCAAAAAAGUAAAAAAAGGGCGUUCCUCUUAAAAUGUGUCCUCUAAAGCACCAAUUAGUCUCUGGAAUAGUUUUCUCUAAAGGGACGGACCAUUAGAAAAUUUAUGGGGGAGAUGGAGGAAUUUUUGAGCCAAAUAAUAUUUUUUCGUUUACAUUUCCCUUGUAUGAUUUAGUUGGGGCCAGGGCAUGAAUUUUUUUUUAUGGUUACUUGACUUGUAUGAUUUUUUUCGGUUAUUUUUCCCUUGUGCGAAUUUUUUUUUGGUUUUUUGGCCCGCCCGCCUCCCCUCCAUAAGUUUCCUAAUGGUCCGUCCCUAACUAACGAUUUAGUGUUUUGGGGCAAAUUCUUUAUCCCCUGACUUAUUUUGCUUUUCUUUUCUAGGCUGUAUUUGUUUUCUACCUUUGUACUUAUCAGCCACUCAAGUAUCGAGAAUACGUUUAUCCUGCCUGGGGACAGGCGAUUGGCUGGCUGAUGACCCUGUCGUCACUAUCCUUGAUUCCAGCUGUUAUGAUAUACAAACUGAUGAACACCACUGGAUCAAUCAAAAAGGUAAUUAUCUGUUGCUGUUAUAAUAAUAGCAACUCAAUUGGCUCAGUAUGCAUAAUUCAUCAGAGCUAAAAUAGACAGACGGCUUCAUGAAUUAAAACUUUUUAAGCAAUGGCACUGGACUAUUCUUAGUCGCUUAGGGUCACUAGCCUCUAACUUCUCCCUUCAGUAAUACUGCUCAACCUUUAUUACUAUUAUUAUUAUCGAUUUUAUUAUUUUCAUUAUUACAUCCAAUUCAAUAGAGAAUUUUCCAUGUUUUGAUGGCUAAUGAAAGGAAAGGAAGAAAUUGUUACAUAAAAUUAUGUAUUAUAAGAAAAAGAUGUCUAGGAGCUAAAUAAACAUACGUUUUCGUACGAGCGCCUGGCUAUAAAAUGAUAUUUUUUUACACAGUGGUGACAGAUAAAAUAGUAGCAAAAAACACAACAAAAUAAUGGUUGCCAAAAAACACAAAAAUAUCGAAGAAAUCGGUCCAUAACAGGAGCUCCGUUUGAGAGCUCCUUCAUUCGUGCCGACCGCGUGGGCAUCAAACAAUGAUAUAGGAUGUGAAAAUAUAGGAAAUGGUCAACAAGUCUUAAACUAGGUCUUGAUUGUUCAACAAAUUCACCUCAUUAGUGCCAGAGAGAGAGAGUAUUGAGUAAUGUGUGGAGAAUAUCCGUGCUGGUAUCAGGGUUUAAAGGGUCAAAGACCUGUUCUUAACUACCCUCCAGUGACGUAUUCUUGAGAAAGCUGUUACCUGUCCUCACAUUUUCCACAUAGUGUGAUAGAGGAUUUUAAAACCAGACGUGCGUUAGGACAAGAAGUUCCAUUGAUAAGGAGUAUAGAAUACAGCACCGGGAAUUCAGAAUUCAAGACUGUCUUUGAUGAGCCGUAACUGAGCCCAAGUUGAGAAGAGGCCCUAGGUAGUUUCCGAGUAAACAAAGUCGUCAGUUUUAUGAAAAUCGCUUUGAGGUGUUCCUUAUUUUUUGCUAUUAAUAGAGCUAACCCUUACAAUGUGAGAUUCAAUCAAAUGCUUAUUACUACCAACAGGUUUUGUAAUUUUGUUAAAAUAUCCCUCCAUAAAUUCACCUACCAUUUUGUUUCAGUGAUAUCACAGUAUCCUUCAUUGAUAACCUUGACUGUCUUUAUCGCUAGUUUUUGCAUCUCUUGUGUGGAGGCGUGUGUGGCCGAGCGGUUCAUAACACCUCGAACUCUGGAUCUGGAGGUCCGGGGCUCAAGCCUCGCCCGUCGCGGUGUUUUCUUUAGACAGGGCACUAUACUCAACUUUGUCUCUCUUCACCCAGGUGUAUGAAUGGGUACCGGUGACAUACACUGUAAUGCACUUGCAUCCUGUCCAGGGGAGAGUCGCAAUACUUCUAAUCAUGCGCCAUGCUAAGGAAAUGGGUUUAAGCUCCGGCCGUUUGGGCCUUUGGCUCUUGUGCGCCUUUACCUUACCUUACCUUUUGCAACUCAAACCGUUAUAGAACGGAAUUUCAUUUCCUUAUUGAGAGCGAUAAAUCAACUCAUAUCAUCAUUAUUUAGUGGUUGUUGAUUUUUGUUGAUUACAGCGGCUACGAGAAUUGACGAUACCCGUUUUGUUUCAUCGCCAAGAAGACAACGAGACUGCACUACUUAUUCCCAAGGAAAGCAGCAAGGCCUAAUAGUCGUCGAAAGCAACAUUUUGAAUAGAAUGCAGAGCGUAUUCUCUGAAGAAGCAAAUGAAUACUAGAAUAAACGCUAAGGCUUCUGUAUCUAAAAAGAAAGAGGUAAAUGAACUUAAUAGGAAACAUUGACAGAAAUUUGCUUGAAGGGGAUAUUUCACAUCGAUAUUGCUGUUUUAGGUCAAAUCUGUGUAAAAGUCAUUGCAAAAAAUUGCUCCCCGGGCAGAGUUAUGAAUGUUUUGGUGAUUUUUGCAGACAUAUUAUUAAGCGUUGAAAAGCUUGGCCCAAUUUUUCAAGUUUCGAUCCAUGUCCAUCCAUCGCUGUUGACACGACGUCAGCAACAUCUUAAAGGGGCUGUGUUACGGCAGUCCAGUUCAUUUUCUUAUAGUUUUCCAAUUACUUGCCCUCAAUCGCUAUGGAACUUAAAGUAGGCAAAGAAAUUACAUGUAAAUGACAAAAUCAGAGAUUGGAG